AUGAAGAUGCUGCAGGGAGAUUUGCCACUCACCCUCCUGCAGAUUGUACUACUGGUUGGUGGUGGCUUUACUCAACAACAGGGCCAGGUCCCCGACAAGAAACCACCACCACAACCUGGUACAGGAGAGAAAGGGACACAGAUCAUCAUCCCUGGACCAGAGAGAACGAACUCUUUCCAAGGUAACAUCUCUCACUGGUACCCUGACACAAACAUUGCAAUCAGAAAAUCACUAAUUUUUACUGUCAAAGAAAAUGUAACUGUGUGCCUGAUUAAGGAUCACAUUAGAGACAUGUACCGAUCGUUUAAUGCUCACCUGACAUCGUAUGGUUAUAUUAAUAGAAGGGGCUGAUUAAAGUGUCAGCUCUUGGGACUAAUAAUUAUGUCAAACGUCCUUCUAUUUACUUUUGUUGUUAAUGCUUAUAUUAUGUUAGUAGCUUUAAUGUUAUGCUUUUAUGGAUAUGUUCAGGUCUAGAAAUAAUUAUCUGAAUCCAAGGCGUUAUAGCAUUACUAGUUCCUUCACAGGAACGAAAAGUUUGUUUUUUUCUAUUUCUCUGAAUUGUUUAAUUUAUUGUCACUGUUUGUGUGUGUCUAUAAGGAUCAGAUUAAAGUUUUGGUAUAUAAAGUUGUAGUAAAUGUGUUAUAAAUAUAUAUUUAAUUAGGUAUAUCUGGUGAAAAGUGUAAAGUGUAAACCUUUUGCCCUAGUGAGUAAAAAAAAAAAAAAAACAAGAAAAAAAAAAUACAAAACCUUGUAUUCCAUUUGUAUCUGUAGACUAUACUGUAUCUACCAAAGGGAAAUAUUAAAUAUAAAACUGUCUCUGUAUAGAUGCUGAGAGUUUAAUUUCUUUGCAGUUUGAACCAUCUGGUUUAACUGUUUCUCUGUAGUCCUUUUGCUGAAAGUGUUAUGUACAGGGUCAUUACCAACAUAAUAAUCUAGGACAGAUCCCAAGGCCCAUUUUAAUAAAAGGGGCAACAUAAUGGACCACUGAAGGUAGGAUAGUCAUGUUAUCUUAUCUAAUGUGCCCUCUAUGAUAUUAAUUCAGUGUAAAAGCACACUGGUUUAAUCUGUUUAGGACCCAGCAGAACUUUAAUUUAAAUGUUGGGUUACAUUGGACAGUCAAGCUUGUAUAUUACAUGGGGGAUAUUAGCUCUUAUAUUGCAUGGAGACAUUGCAAUAAAUGAAUGAGGAACAUGGUAAUGGUCCAGUCUUUCUUAAUCCAUGGGACAGCACCCUAUAUUGAGUUUAAUGUUUUUAGACCGGUAUACUUAAUUAUAUAAUUUAAUAUACUAUAUAAUGUAACAUAUUGUGUAAGAUUAUGAAUGAUAUCUACCUAUGAAACUUUCUGUUUGAGCAUAAUGUAAAAACUAAUGCACAGUUCAUUAGAGAGCCAGAGGCUUGCUAAUGUUGUUGGAGGACUCCGACUCCCACCACCGUGGGCUGGCACGAUGGGAGUUGCAGACUAAACAAAGAUGCAUGUCAGCAGUUUCCCAAACUUGCUACAUAGUUACACUAUGCAAGGAACUAUUAUAAUCUUAUUUUCACUGGCCAUUCUUCACAACCUUGAUUUGUUGUUUAAUUAGUUUGGAGUCAGAUAAACAUUACUUUUCUCUUGGGCUGCAUCAUUUAUCAAAGUACGGUAUGUGUUUCGGAAAAGUUUAAUGCACUUCUCAUUUCGGCCUGACCAUGGUUGGGGUCACUGUUUCCCCAUUUACUACAUAAAAUUAGCAACUCAGUGGCUCAGAAUUUCCAUAAAAUGUAUUAAGAAAAUCUUCCUUGCAGCGUUAAGGGUGCAGGAUACCAACGCGUUUUCCCUUUUCAGAUAAAAUAACUUGUGGUUUAAAUAAAUUAUGGGUAAAAUACACAUUAUAUCUCAUCAGGAUGGAGAAAUAUUUUUUCUUUACAUGAGCAAGCUGCAGCCUUUUGACACAAGCUGUAGAGAUGACAGUCAAAGACUCCUUGCACCAUAACCACUACAAUAAUAUGCAGUGGUUAUGGUGCUUACAGCAUGCCUUUUAGAAAUGCAAGUUUUCUGCAAUAACCUCACAAAUUACCUCAAAGUGGAUCCACAUCAAAUGUGGCGGCUCCUUAUUUGGUUCUUGCUUUGGGGACGCCAGAACCCAUGGCUGGAUUAACAUAGGGCUGAUGGAGCUGAAGCUCCAGGCCCAUUGAUAAAAAUAAAUGCUCUUGCUUUGUGCUGAGGAAAUUAAAGGAACCUCAUAGUGACAGGAAUACAAACGUGUAUUCCUGUCACUAAGGUGUUAAAAACGCAGUUUAGACCCCGGCCCCCCAUGGCUCUCUUUAAAAAGGUAAUAAACUCACCAUUAUUCCAAUGCUGCAUGGGUCCACUGCAGCUGACUCCACCCUGCCCCACCGCCUUGGCUGAGAUGAUCAAAAUUGACAAUCUCAGCCAAUCCAAUGCUUUCCCGUAGGAAAGCAUUGGGAGGCUAUUGUGCAUGAGUGACAAAAAAACGCCUCGCUGCACUAAUCAGCAUCUCCUCAUAGAGAUGCAUUGAAGCAAUGCAUCUCUAUGGGGAACAUUCAGCCCCUCCAUGCAAAGCGUCAUGUACAGCACUGACCCAGGGAGCAUCUCUAGUGGCUCUCUGAGUGAUAGCCACUAUAGGUGUUCUUAGGCAGUAAUGCAAACAGUUCCUUUUCUCAGAGAAGGCAGUGCUUACAUUAAAAAGCCUGCAAAGGCAUAGUAUACUCACCAGAACAACUACAUUAAAGGAUCACUAUAGGGUCAGGAACACAAACAUGUAUUCCUGACCCUAUAGUGCUAAACCCACCAUUUAGGUGGCUCGCCCUUCCCUUAGCCCCCUUAUAAAAGUUUAAAACUCACCUUAUUUCCAGCGCCUAGCGAGUCUACCAGUGCUGGCUCCGCCCCCUUUGUGACAUCAUCAAAAUGGCUGAUUUUUAGCCAGUCCAAUGCUUUCCCAUAGGGAUUGGCUAAAAGCAUUGGAUUGGCUAAAAUCGGCACGGGGCGGAGCCAAAUGCAGUUUUGCCCAAUCAGGACCUCCUCAUAGAGAUGCAUUGAAUCAAUGCAUCUCUAUGAGGAAAUUUCAGUGUAUCCGUGCAGAGCGUGGGGAUGCUAAAUGUCAGGGCUGCUUACUGUGCAGCCCUGAGCAAAGAAGCCCCUCCAGUGGUCAUCUGAGGAGUGGCCACUUGGAGGUGUCCCUAGGGGCAAUGUAAACACUGCCUUUUCUCUGAAAAGGCAGUGUUUACAUGAAAAUGCCUGAAGAGAGCUAUUAUACUCACCAGAACAAAUACAUUAAGCUGUAGUUGUUCUGGUGACUAUAGUGUCCCUUUAAGCUGUACUUGUUCUAGUGACUAUAGGGUCCCUUUCACGGGAUAGUAUAGUCACCAAAUCAACUUAUUGAAGUAGUUUUGGUGUAUUGAUUAUGAUCCUGCAUUCUUACUGUUCAAUUCUCUGCCAUUUAGGAGUUAAAUCACUUUGUUUAUGCAGCUCUAGGCACACCUCCCUGCAUGUGACUUACACAACCUUCCUAAACACGUCCUGUGAAGAGUCAUCUAAUGUUUACACUUCCUUUACUGCAUAUUCUGUUUAAUUUAGAAUUGCUUAAUUCCCCCUCUGUUAUUUUCUACGAGACCAGCAUGAGCCUCCUGUAUGUAAUUAAAGGAACACUAUAGGGUCAGGAACGCAAAUGUAUUUCUGACCUUGUAGUGUUAAAAACACACUCUAGCUUCCCCCCCAGGGUCACCCUUACUCCCUAAAUAUAAAACUUUACAUUUAUUCCAGCCUGCCAGCUCUGCCCCUGAUCUGCCUGCAUGGCUGACAUCAGCAGAAGUGGUGAUCUGACCCAAUCACAAUUCUUUCCCAUAUGAUUGUCUAAAAAUUCAGUUUCUUCAUGCAGAGGGUGGAGACACUGAAUGUCAAUGCUGCACAGUGCGCAGCACUGCCUCAGGAGGCACCUUUAGUAGCCAUCUGAGGAGUGGCCAGUGGAGGUAUCCGUAGGCUGUAAUGUGAACUCUGCAUUUUCUCUGGACAAACAGUGUUUACCGCAAAAAGCCUGAAGGGUCUGUUUAUACUCUCUAGAACAAAUACAUUAAGCUGUAGUUCUUCCGGUGACCAUAGUGUUCCUUUAAAGUUCAAUGUACAGAGCAUGAGAUAAAAACUUUUAAAGUAAGUUACAUCUGAUUGAAAAUGAAACCAUUUUGUUUUCAUGCAGACUGUGUUAAUCACAGCCAGGAGAAAUGUGGCUAGAGCUGUAUAAACAAAAGCAAACGUGAUUUGACUCCUAAAUGGCAGAGAAUUGAGAAGUAAAACUACAGAGACAUGAUCUUUACACACAAACCAAUUCAUUAAGCUGAAGUUGUUUUGGUGACUUUAAGUCAUUUUUGAUUGAAGCACCUGUGCACUGAUACUGAUAUCUUCAAGUCCCUUCCUUUCUGACAGUCCUAGAUCUAGCGGGAUCGCUAGAAUUUGAAAAACCGUGUCCCAGCAUCCUUUGCUUCAUCUCCAGGGUAUCAGCUUCUGGGUCAUCAGAGUAAAGCCAGAGGAAACCAUAUAAGGAGUACAUCAUUACAAAUUGCCCAACAAGACCCUUACUGGGAAUUUCUGCCAUAAGUAUAAUGAUUUUGCAGUUGUAUCUGCAUGUGUAGGCCUUAUUGACGUGAUGGUAAGGUGUGUAUUGUUUAGUGUACUGGCAACCACUUCACUUUUGAUUUUGACUCCUGGCAAUUGUCAGGUCAAAUCGCUAGUUUGUCAAUUUAUGACCACUCAUAUUUCCAUGCCACUUUUAUAUCUUACAGUGUAGUGGGUAUGGUGCAAUGAAGCUGUCCAUGCAAUCUGACUGGUAAUUUCUGUGAAAUUGUAUUUAUUUAUUAUCAAAAUGUCAACCUGACAUAAUUUGUAGAAGUCAUAUAUAAAAUGGUGUCAGGGCCGGUACAAGAAUUUUUGCUGCCACAUCACAAUGUCCUACCAUUCUGUGGUUUCUCUUCCCCCUCUCUAUGCACCAUAACCACUACAGCACACCCUGGUGCCCUUCAAAUUGUAAGUAAUGAAACCAUUUUAGAACAGUUUGACUUCAUAUCUGCCACAGGCCACUUACUGACUCCACUGCAAGGCAGUGCAGGACUAGCUCAUUUGCUGAGAAUGUCAGCUGAUUGCUCUCUGCCCAUAGGCUAAGCCCUGUACUGCAAUGCUUAGCUCAGACAGAGAACCUCCGCCUCUUUGUCUGAAGUAGUGGUGGUGGGGAUCAACUCUCUAAAAGGGUUUGACAGCUUACAAUGGGGUAGGGUUGCCAGGGUACUCCUGUCCAGCGAGUUGUAGUGGUUAUUGUGCUUGGAGUGUUACUUUAUUGUGCUUUGAGUGUUACUGCUAUACGCAUUAGAAUAAUGUGAAGAUUGCACAAUUAAGAACUGAGAGUGUCAGCUGAGACAUGCAUAUAUGAUCAUCAAUACAGCUUCUUAUAACUACUUAUACAAUGACUUAGGUUAUUCAUUUUGAGGAUUUAGAAAAAUGGUGAUAACAUGUGUUUAUUCUUAAAUAAUUCUAAGGGAAUUUUGGUGUUAGUAUGGGAGACUCCAAACUAGUUCCCUUGUGAAAUGGUAGAACUUAGCAUAGAAUAAAUUACUGUAUAAUUUAUCAAUAGUAAUGAAAGUCAAUAUUUUUCACUGUAGCUGCUGUGGACUAGUUGGCUUCCCUGAGGCUCAUUUGGCUUCUUUUAUAUAGUGUAUGUCCUGAGUGUACCUAUUUAGGUGGAACAGUCCCUAUUUUUGGCCUAAAUCCCACUGUCCCUCUUUUUUUAUUUAAAUGUCUAACUUUUCUAGGACCUCCAUUUUGUUGGUGUGUGUGAAGAAAUGACUCCGUUAAUCAGGAUUUCUACCUUUUCUUGUACAGUUAAUUCACCAAAUUCAGCUGGAAUUCGGCAUAUAGCUUUCAUUUCUACCCUUCGGAUGGAUUCAGGCGAAUUCCCUGUGUAAAAUAUAGGUGGCCGCCAUUUCGGCACUUUACACGUGGCCGCGGCCAUUUUCCGUGCGAACAGCGGUGUUUGCCCGUCAACGCGUGGAACUAAAAUCGGAUACGCAAACAGGCGAACACCGCUGAGACCUCCAUACAUCCAGAACUUCGCACGGGAACGACCGAAUCACCGGCCGUUCGGUAGUUACAUGCAACUUCGUAUGGGGAUUUCAACGAUCACAAAGAUGCGAAUGGAUGGCAGGGCUUUCGUCUCUUUUAUUCGCCUAAACGGAGACCGACCGCAGGGCCAAAACUUAUGGAACUAUUUUCGGCUAGAUGGUCCGUGCGGUCGGUCAAAACUUUAGUGUUCCAUAACUCCCGAACCAUUCAUCCGAAUGGACUGAUUUUUCGAUAUGUUGUCCACACAAAUGUUGUCCACACAAAUGAGAACUAUCCAGCGGUACCAGAUUUAAAGGUGUACCCCCUGUUUUUGGGGUACAUCCAGAACUGGGGUAAAAUAGUACACGUUUUAAUUAAGUUAACUGUUUAUCAGAGGGGAGGGAGGUAUGGGCUGUAACCUAUUCCUGAUUGGUGAUUUAAUGCCUCCCCCUGGGUGUGUAUUUCUUGUCUGUAACCGUAAUAAAAAGCAGGCUGGAGAUUCCAGACCUCAGAUCUACUUGUAACCUGAUUCUGGACUCUGACUGUUAUUUGGGAAUUCGUAUGCUUUACCAAGGGGUUUAUCUUGGGAAGCUGUUAUAUUUCUUAUGGACUUCAUUUGCUUAGACCUGUAGGCGCUGGCAUUACGGGAGGAAUUAUCAAAGCGGUUCAGCUAUAUGGGAUUUCCUUACAACUGGUGGCAAGCGGAGGGAUUCGAAUCCCAAAUGGACAUUUCAAAACAAGCAAAGGAAUGAAUGGCCCAGCAGUACCAGCUACUUAAAAGAACCACGCUAAAGGACUUACUGGAAGCUCGAGGCAGAGUGGCAAGUAACAAAACAAAAGCCACGAUAAUUGCGGAGCUAAUGCAGAGCGAUAAUACCAGUAAUAUAGAGAUGGACCAAGAGGAAGAAACCGUGAUGCAAAAGGACAUCCGAUGGACACUCAGUUUAUUGGGACCCAAUCCAUCCUCAGAGGCGAUACUGCAGGUCGUAGCACAAGCCAGACAAGCGCAAAAAGAGCGAGAUGACCGGGACAGAACGUCACAGGGGGAUUUGCUACACCCCCCGAGAAGUAUUGGGGAAAUACCAAAGAAGGUAAAUUAUGCAGCGUUUAAAUCAUUUGUUGACAAUGAAAUGGAAAUUGACAGUUACUUGCAAGACUUUGAACGUCAGUGUGCACUGGAGGGAUUAGACUCCACCAAAUGGGCUGCAGUCGUCAGCAGUAAAUUGUCAGGUAGAGCAGCCGAGGCGCUGCGAGCAGUACCUGAGGGAGACAUACAUAAUUAUGAGAAAAUAAAAGACAUUUUGUUGGCCAGAUAUGCGGUAACUCCGGAGGCAUACCGGAAAAAGUUUAGAGACCUGAGAAAGACUGGGAGAGAUUCCCAUACGGAAUGGGCUUUUCGCUUGCAGCGGGCAGCCCGCAAUUGGAUGAAGGGCUGCCAGGCAACCACCCUAGAAGAGGCUUUACAACUAGUGAUACUGGAGCAAUUUUUUAAUCAUACUGCAGAGGACAUAAAAGACUGGGUAAAAGAUAGGAAACCAAAAACCGUGCAGGAGGCCGCUAGGCUAGCGGACGAGUACCAGGAUAACAGGAGGAAAGAGCAAGGGGCGAGCAGACCACCAUUUAAGCCUCAGUACACAGCUCCAACCAACCCGGCUCCACCUAGACCUGCCAUAGGUAACCCCCCACCGAACCCAGCAAACACACCUUGACCUCCUGCAGUGUGUCACUACUGCAAGCAACCAGGACAUUACAAGUAUCAGUGCCCUCGCUUAAACCGGGGAAGCUGGGAACGGCCCGCCCCACAACAACCCAGGGCAGCUGCGCACUGUGUGCAACAGGAUCACACAGGCCCUGGCCUUAACCACGAAGAACAGUGGAGUGUAUUACAUGAGGUCAAUCCAGUACAAGCUGGGGGGGACAACCAGGACCAUCACCGCCAAUGGAUUACCGUCGAUGGCGUGGGGGCCCGGGCGCUGAGAGACUCUGGGGCUACUUUGACUGUGGUACAGCCCCACACGGUCAGAGCACAAGCUCGCACCCGACGCACAGUCGCUGUAAGGGUGGCUGGGGGCGCUAUUCACAAACUGCCCACCGCUAAUAUGUUUGUUGAUUGGGGUUCCGGGUCUAAACAACUGGAGGUGGGGAUUAUGCAAGAACUGCCCGCCGAGGUUUUGUUGGGAAAUGAUGUGGGAUGCCUAACCUCCCAGCUAGCCCGAGACCCCCCUGCCGAGGCCUACCCGGUUACCACCCGAGCUCAAGCCAGACUGGAAGCUCCGCUGCACUCUGAGGAAAACCAGGUAAGAUUCAAAAUACCUCCCUUACCCGAUCCCCCCGUACCCUUCUGGGAUACCCCCCAGGGGUUUGAACAGGGACAGCGUACUGACCCCACAUUAGAAGGCUAUAGGAAGGCCGCGGCCGCUACCCCCGAGAACAACCCGCACGAAAAAUUUGAGUGGUAUAAGGGGUUGCUAUAUAGGGUAACCGAGGGGGUGGGACAGGGACCCAGGUCAUAAAAAGACAGUUAGUUGUGCCCCGUAAAUUUCGGGCUGAGUUGUUAAAACUCAGUCAUGACAUUCCCCUAGCAGGACAUUUAGGGGUCAAAAAGACCAGAGACAGGUUAACUCAAACCUUCUUCUGGCCCAGAGCCACCCAGGACCUAAAGUACUAUUGUAGGACAUGUGAUGUAUGCCAAAGGGUAGGAAAAAGGGGAGACCUUCGGAAGGCUAAGCUGCACCCCCUACCCAUCAUCGAACAGCCCUUCCACCGAGUAGCGGUGGAUUUAAUAGGUCCCCUCAGUCGCCCCAGUCCGUCGGGCAAAAAGUUUAUCCUAACGGUGGUUGACUACGCCACUAGAUACCCGGAGGCAGUCGCCCUCACCAAUAUAGAGGCCGAGACCGUGGCAGAGGCCCUUAUUCAGAUAUUCACCUGAGUAGGUUUCCCACAGGAGAUACUCUCCGAUCGGGGGACGCAGUUCACAGCCACCCUGACGCAACAACUGUGGCAGAGCUGUGGAGUGCAGCCCCUGUUCAGCGCCCCGUAUCAUCCCCAGACUAACGGGCUCUGUGAACGUUUCAAUGGCACUCUAAAACAGAUGCUAAAAACUUUUACAGAGUCCCACAAGAAUUGGGAAAAAUUCCUUCCCCACCUUCUGUUUGCCUACCGUGAGGUGCCCCAGGCCUCCACUGGGUUUUCCCCCUUCGAACUCCUGUACGGGAGAAAAGUUCGGGGCCCACUGGAGCCCGUACGGGAACACUGGGAGGGCAAUACAGAUGAGGGGGGAGUCCCUAUCGUCCAGUAUGUCCUGGAGUUCCGGGACCGUCUGCGGGCCCUCACCGAAUCGGUUCGGAAGAACCUGCAGGCGGCCCAGGAGGACCAGAAAAAGUGGUACGAUAGGAGGGCCCAGGAUAGAGUGCUGGACUUAGGGCAGAAGGUACUGGCUCUGAGGCCCGUUAAAAAGGACAAGCUGCAAGCAGCCUGGCAGGGACCCUUUAAGGUAGUGGAACAGGUUAGCGAGACUACUUACAUCGUGAGCAAAUGCUCAGAUGAAAGGCUGACCAAAGCCUUCCAUGUGAACAUGCUCAAACCAUAUUUUGAAAGGACAGAGGAGGUGGGCGCCGUGUGCGCCCCCGCCACAGAGGAUAGUGAAGGGCUACCCCUUCCUGACUUACUGGAUACCACCCCCUGUACUAUUGACCAAGUAAGCUUGGGGCAAAAUUUAGACCUCCUGGAGAAAGGUGAGGCUACCCAUCUGCUGCAGGGAUACCGAGAGAUGUUUUCCGCUACCCCCGGCUAUACCUCCGCUGCGGUACACCGUGUGGAAACCCAGGGAGAGACGCCCCUACGGCAACAGCCAUAUCGGAUCCCGGAAGCAGUACGUGAGAGUAUGCUCACCGAGUUAAGGGAUAUGUUACGGCUAGGGGUAAUAGAACCCUCCCAAAGUCCUUGGGCCUCCCCGGUGGUACUAGUACCGAAGCGCGACGGCACUACGCGCUUCUGUGUAGAUUACCGGAGGCUUAACGACCGUACCAUAACCGAUGCCUACCCCAUGCCUAGAAUAGAUGAGCUCUUAGAUCGUAUGGCGGGGGGGAACUACUUGACUACCCUGGACCUGUGCAAGGGUUAUUGGCAGAUCCCCUGGAGCCUGCGGCCAUCCCCAAGUCGGCGUUCGUCACCCCGUUUGGGCUAUACCAAUUCAAGGUUAUGCCCUUUGGGAUGAAGAACGCCCCGGCUACGUUUCAGCGGAUGGCGGAUAGGCUCCUGGAGGGGUUGCAGGACUUCGCAUGUGCGUAUCUAGAUGAUAUUGCCAUCUAUAGCCGCACAUGGGGAGACCAUCUGGGUCAUGUGUCCAGGGUACUCGAACGAAUCCACCUCGCCGGGCUCACUUUGAAACCCGACAAAUGUCACGUAGGCCUAGCCGAGGUCCAGUAUCUAGGUCACCGGGUCGGCUCCGGUAGACAACGCCCAGAGCCCGCUAAGGUAGAGGCCAUAGCUAACUGGCCCCAACCCCGGACCAAAACCCAGGUACUGGCUUUCUUAGGGACGGCCGGGUAUUAUAGGAAGUUCGUCCCAGAAUAUAGCGCCCUGGCCAAGCCCCUCACGGACCUUACCAAAAAGGCCCUUCCCAAACAGGUCUCCUGGACCCCAGAGUGCACGGACGCUUUCCAGAAGCUCAAAGCGGCAUUGAGUGAGGCCCCUGUGUUGGCAGCACCCGAUUACACUAAACAAUUUCUUGUCCACACAGAUGCCUCCAUGUUUGGGCUGGGAGCCGUGCUAAGCCAGGUGGGGGCGGAUGGCAUGGAACACCCGGUGGCAUACCUCAGCCGUAAACUUUUGCCCCGAGAAGUCAGCUAUGCCACCGUAGAAAAAGAGUGCUUGGCCCUCGUGUGGGCCCUCAAGAAACUUCAGCCCUAUCUGUAUGGGCGAGCGUUUACCCUUAUGACCGACCACAACCCUCUGGUAUGGCUCAACCGGGUAGCUGGUGACAACCCCAGGCUACUCCGGUGGAGCCUAGCUCUCCAACCAUACAAUUUUACCAUGCAGUACCGUCCGGGUAAACAAAAUGGGAAUGCGGAUGGACUGUCCCGCCAGACCGAACUGGACACCUAAAAACAUACUUUCAUCGGACAUCCCCAAGCCAACCCGACAGGGUCUAGGCGGGUAUGCCGACCUAUGGACUUAUAGGGGAGCAGUGUGAAGAAAUGACUCCGUUAAUCAGGAUUUCUACCUUUUCUUGUACAGUUAAUUCACCAAAUUCAGCUGGAAUUCGGCAUAUAGCUUUCAUUUCUACCCUUCGGAUGGAUUCAGGCGAAUUCCCUGUGUAAAAUAUAGGUGGCCGCCAUUUCGGCACUUUACACGUGGCCGCGGCCAUUUUACGUGCGAACAGCGGUGUUUGCCCGUCAACGCGUGGAACUAAAAUCGGAUACGCAAACAGGCGAACACCGCUGAGACCUCCAUACAUCCAGAACUUCGCACGGGAACGACCGAAUCACCGGCCGUUCGGUAGUUACAUGCAACUUCGUAUGGGGAUUUCAACGAUCACAAAGAUGCGAAUGGAUGGCAGGGCUUUCGUCUCUUUUAUUCGCCUAAACGGAGACCGACCGCAGGGCCAAAACUUAUGGAACUAUUUUCGGCUAGAUGGUCCGUGCGGUCGGUCAAAACUUUAGUGUUCCAUAACUCCCGAACCAUUCAUCCGAAUGGACUGAUUUUUCAAUAUGUUGUCCACACAAAUGAGAACUAUCCAGCGGUACCAGAUUUAAAGGUGUACCCCCUGUUUUUGGGGUACAUCCAGAACUGGGGUAAAAUAGUGCACGUUUUAAUUAAGUUAACUGUUUAUCAGAGGGGAGGGAGGUAUGGGCUGUAACCUAUUCCUGAUUGGUGAUUUAAUGCCUCCCCCUGGGUGUGUAUUUCUUGUCUGUAACCUUAAUAAAAAGCAGGCUGGAGAUUCCAGACCUCAGAUCUACUUGUAUCCUGAUUCUGGACUCUGACUGUUAUUUGGGAAUUCGUAUGCUUUACCAAGGGGAUUAUCUUGGGAAGCUGUUAUAUUUCUUAUGGACUUCAUUGCUUAGACCUACCUUAGACGCUGACAUUGCAGGAGGAAUUAUCAAAGCGGUUCGGCUAUACGUGAUUUCCUUACAGUGUGUAUAACAUAGAUGCACAUCAAUAAUACUCCAAGUAAUGUGUCUUUAAACUACAUUAAUGUAUGUAGAAAUCAGGCUGAACUGCAUGCUUUCUUUAACCUUGAACACAUGUUAAACAUGCCAUUUUUGCUUUUUAUUGUUAACCUCGCAAUAUCAGCCUGGUCUGGCUUUAAGAUGAUAACAUUUGCUAAAAAUUGUUUGUGAAAUACAGAUUGUGUUCACUUUGAUAACAGUGAUGCAAUCGCAGCUGAAAGUGAGAAAAUGCUGUUACCAAUUCCAAACUGAUUACCAGGUUUUCCCACCAUGGAUAUUUGGUCCUCAAUUUGCACUUCCCCUGUCAUGUCACCAUAAUUAAUAAGUAGGAUGCCCCCCCUUUUUUAAAUUUAACAGCCCCCUCCUUCUGGGCGCGGGUGGGUUCAAGUGGUUGGACAAUGAUCUGUCCAUGACCAAUUUUUUAAUUUAAAAUUUCCUACCUGAUGCCCACAGGUGGAGGUAUGGAGGGACUAUGUCCUCCCCCCCCCCAUUAUUUUACAGGCCCCAUCAUCAUCAGACUGGGCAGAAAUCACUGCUUGGUUGCUUGUUUUAAAUAUUUAGUAGCUAUGCCUCCACCUGAUGCAUGGCAGCUGAGAGCACAGAGAGCUUUAUAGUGAUAAGGGGAUCAUAUUGACUUUUUCAAUAAUGAACUUUUUACUUUUUUAAUGUGAUGGCUUGCUAGCAAGCACUGACCAGCUGCCACACGGUUAUCCCUUAAAGGACCACUAUAGUACCAGGAUAACAAACUUGUUUUCCUGGCACUAUGUAGUCCUUAGGUCCCCCCCACCAUCAUGGCCCCCCCUCCCGCUUGGCUGAAGGGGUUAAAACCCCUUCAGCCACUUACCUUUCUCCAGUGCUGGGCUCCCUCGGCACUGGUGACCUCUCCUCCUCUUGCCGACGUCAUUACUCAAUGCUUUCCUAUGGACGUCCAGCGUCUUCUCACUGUGAUUUUAACAGUGAGAAUCGUGGAAGCGCCUCUAGCCACUAGAGGCUGGAUUAACCCUCAGUGUAAACAUAGCAGUUUCUCUGAAACUGCUAUGUUUUCAGCUGCAGGGUUAAAACUAGAGGGACCUGGCACCCAGACCACUUCAUUGAGCUGAAGUGGUCUGGGUGCCUAUAGUGGUCCUUUAAACAGACUGUUUCUAACCAUGUGCCCACUGAUUGCUAGUGCUGCCAGCAGGCAGAUAUUAGUUGAAAGUAUCAUUCACCUGCAAAACCAUAAGUGAAUGACAAUUUGUGAAGAAGCAUCCUGCCGAAUGCAUUAAGUCCCAGAUUUUUGUAAAAUCAGCGAUUUAUGAAUAUUUUGGAUCCUUCACUUUAUAUAUGGUUUGCAUGAAAAAGGAGCUCUGAUCCUAAAUUCGAACAACAAAUACACCUCAACAAUUGUUGCUUUAAUAAAUAUGAAAAUUGCCGUUGCGGUUAGAAUUCAGAUUUUCACAAGAUAGGGGGACGCAAUAUACACAAGGCAAAUAGAAGAAAUAAUAUACAUAUAGCAUAAUAAAUUCAAUAACAUGUAUAAAUUUGAAACAAUCAAAAAUAGUAAAAUAAUAUAUAAUUCCAAAACCUUUUAAUGUGUUCACAGAUAUAUUUCAAUUAUAAUAGGAGUGGUUUUUUUAUAUAUUGAAGUAAACGUUGGAAUGUAGAGAUUCUUAUAAUUUUUGGUGUCGUUUUUGGAUCAUUUAAGUGAUUGUAACAUUUUUUAUCUUUUCUAUACUCAGAUUGUCCUGUGGAUAUCUUCUUUGUAUUGGAUACAUCAGAAAGUGUUGCCCUGCGUGUGAAACCUUUCAAGACACUGGUCAAUCAAGUGAAGGACUUUACUAAUAGGUUUAUAGAUAAACUCACUUCCAGGUACGGAAUCCAUAUUAAACCUAACUCAUGUUGCUAUUACGUAAUUCAUUAUCCCUGGUUUGUGCAAUAAUAGAUAUGUGGUGCUUUGUUGCUUUAACAGUAUUACAUGACUGAUUUCCAACAUACUUCCCAAAUGUCUCAAAUACAAAAAUUAUAUACAAAGUGUGGUGCACAUCUUUAAGUAGAAUGGUAUAAGCUUUUAGAUUGUUACACUGUAACCAUCUUUAUAAGUAAACCUUUUGGACGAUACUCCAGUGUAACCAUAAAAUAAAAAAAAAUAUAAGAGGGUGCACAACAUAUCACUAUAUUGUGAAUGCAAAUGCCAUUCACCAACUCUGUACCAAAAACUGUUAGCACAACCUAAUGCAGGCCACCUGGAUGCGAAUACAAGGGCAGGCAGAUAUACACUACUGUGUCUAGUGAUCUCUCACCAUUCACUGACUCACUGACAGCACUCUUUUUUUUUAUAAGUGCAAGAUGCAAUCAGUAUCCGCUCUGUAGGGUUCAUCUGUCACCACCCCAUGUGCAUUCAACGGAACAAUACAGAAUAAAAGAUCCACAUUAUAAGCAAAGUUACACUGUACUGGAAUAAUGAUCCAGGUCAUGCAGGCUUUCAGUUCAGCUACCUUGGUCUUAACUUUGAAAUUCACUUUAAAUUCUCAUUUUAGUGAGUAAGCUUGCUUAAAGGACCAUUAAAUGAAGUGGUGUAGGUGCAAGGGGGGUGUAGUUUUCACCCUGGGACGCAAAACCUUUCGGUGUAGUAGAAACUACAACGUCUUCACUGCAGGUUAAUACAUUUCUAAUGAAUGUCUACUUGACAGCCACUAGAGGCGCUUCGUUGUGAGAACUGAGUUAGACUCGAUUCUCAAACACAUACUACUCCUAGAGCACAACUGAAUUGUCACAGUGUGGUUUUCCCUAUGGGGAAGCACUGAAUUGACUGAGAUUAUCAAUCUCACAAGACCAGGUUGGCGAGGGAAGAAAAGUAACUGAAACUUACCUUUUAAAUCAUCACUGGCUGGGGGGCAAGACAACUUCUAAAUGAGUAGGGGAACACUAUAUAAUUAGGAACACAUGUUUAACGCUACAGUGUUCCUUUAAUGUUUGUGCGCAUGUUUGUAACUUUUUUGUUUGGUCAGGAUAUAUUGUAUUUUUUGUUACUUUUCCAUGUGUUUACACCAUUCUCUUUUUAUUUCUGCUGAAUAAAAAAAUUAAAAUAUGAUAAUGAGAUAAUGGCAGAAAUCUUACAGUAUAAAUAAUGAAAAUAACAAUCAAUAAAAUCCUCUGUACAAUGUAUGCAAAAUGUACUCAUAUAAACUGUGACAAAACACUAAUGAUAACAGCUCUACUGGAUUAUGUUAAAUUGUGACAGAAACCAUAAUUUUGUUUAAAUAUUCAGUACUACAGAAAAUAUUUCAUUUGAACUGUGCAAAAUGUUUUCAAUUUAAUGUAUUCAAUCAUAUAUUUUUUCAGUGCAAAUAUUUUUAAAGAAAUUUUAAGAGUUAAAAAAAAUAAGUCUCACACAAGCCUUUAAAGGGCCCCUAUAGCCACCAGAACUACACAGAACUACAGCUUAAUUUAGUGGUUCUGAUGUCUAUAGCCUGUGCCUGCAAGCUUUUCAAUGUAAACGCUGGCUUUUCAUCAUUUUCAUGGACAUUUCUCUGGUGUUAUAACAAAGUUUUUAGGUGAUAAACCCCAACAAAAACACAAAAGUAAUGUGCGAAGAGCUAAAAAUAUAUGUUAACUUACCCCUUUUUUUGGGGGGGGGUUGACAAACAAGUAUUUUGGAAACUAAAAAUAAAAAAAAACAAUAAUAGUGCAAUUUUGUAUAAUUCUGUGCAAAUGUGAUGAAGAGCAUUGGUAUUACACUCACGUUUAAAGAGCCUUUUAGAGAACUGGCUCUAAACAUGCAAGCUUUAGAGCCUUUAAGGUGGUAACACCACUUUCUUGGACAGAGCGGCAUGUCACCACACAAUGCUCCAUACAGAGAAGAGCAGAUUGGAUGAACAAUUAAAGGACCACUAUAGUGCCAGGAAAACAUACUCGUUUUCCUGGCACUAUAGUGCCCUGAGGGUGACCCCACCCUCAGGGACCCCCUCCCGCCCGGCUCUGGAAAGGGGAAAAGGGGUUAGACUUACCUUUUUCCAGCGCUGGGCGGGGAGCUCUCCUCCUCCGAUCCUCCUCCGUCUCCUCCUCCUGGGCUGAAUGCGCACGCGCGGCAAGAGCUGCGCGCGCAUUCAGCCCGUCGCAUAGGAAAGCAUUUACAAUGCUUUCCUAUGGACGCUUGCGUGCUCUCACCGUGAAAAUCACAGUGAGAAGCACGCAAGCGCCUCUAGUGGCUGUCAAUGAGACAGCCACUAGAGGAUUAGGGGGAAGGCUUAACCCAUUCAUAAACAUAGCAGUUUCUCAGAAACUGCUAUGUUUAUGAAAAAAUGGGUUAACCCUAGCUGGACCUGGCACCCAGACCACUUCAUUAAGCUGAUGUGGUCUGGGUGCCUAGAGUGAUCCUUUAAGAACCAUCCCCUUUAAAGGAGAACCCAAGGAAACUGGAGGCCAUUGAUUUAAAAGGAGAAAGGACAGGAGCUUAUCACUGCACAUUAUUUUAAUCUCAUUUUUAAUCAUUGUUUUUUUACAUUUUUUAAAUACAUGUAAUUAUUUACUAUUCAAGUCAGUGACUUUGUCCUGAUUAACUCCAACCUGGGCUCAGAGAGGGUAUUGUCACCAUAUAUUUGGUAUAUUUGGUAUAUUUCAUUUACAAACUUGGAGACAGUAAAUCCUGUAUUGCCUCUCUCCAUACUUAUUUCUUAUUUUCAUCACUGAAAGAUGUUCAAACCACUAAAGAAAGUAAUGUUGCCGCCUUAAAGGCACGGAAGCUUGCACGUUUAGUGCCUGUUUGCUUAGAGGCUCUUUUAAACGUGAGUGUACCAAUCAUCUUCAUCACUAUUAUUGUUCUUCAUUUUUCUUUUCUUACAUAAAGAGAUAUAAAAUAAAUUCUGAAAAGCUCAGGUUCUACAGUUUCAGAUAUCUACAGUAAAAAACAGAGAAAAAAGUUACUUACACAGUAUCCCAAAUCCCUCUGCACAUUUAAAUAACUGUAUGCACUUUUUUAGGAUGGCUCCCAAAAAAAACCCAACCCUCCAAUUUAAAUGUGCAUAGGGAUUUGGAAUAGUGCCCACAUAACUUUUGCCUUUGUUUUUCAUUGUAUAUAUUGGAGAUCAUGUGUACUACAGUCAUUGCUGCCUGGGAGCAGUGGGAGUUUAAGCGCUGGGCUUUAUUUUGUAUGUUAAUUUCAGAUAUAUGAAAAUGGUAUUUUGUAUUUACCAUUUUCCUAUCAAUUGCUGCAGCAUUUAUUUUCCUUUUAAAAUCUGGAAAAGUGAAAUGUAUUAACAACCAUUUCUUAUUUAUAUUUAUAGUGAAGAUUUAGAAAAUGAACUCAUAAUCAAGUAAAGAAGAUAAGUGCAUGUGGUAGAGCCUAAAAUAAUGAUUGACAGGAUGCAAAGAUGGAAGUAACCAGUUGCAGGAAAAAGAGGUGUUGAUUUCUACAUGUACAGGUUUAUUUACUGAAGUGGGAAUUCAAAACUAAAAUGAACUUCAAAAUUAAGGACAAUUUGAAGUUCCAACCUGGAAAAAUGUUCUUCGUCAGCUAUGCUUUGACUUUGGCUACUUAGGGAUCUUAGGCCUUAAUUUUGAAAUUCACUUGGAAUUUCCACUUUAGUGUAUAACCCUUUAUCUACAAAAAAAUCAAGGGAAGUGACCUAUUUCCCUUAAAGUGAACCUGUCCUCCAGAAAAUGACAAGUCCAUUUAAGGUCGGUGUACAUUUAAUCUAUUCAUCCUGUUAGUGAUAUUGACAAAGGAGGGACAGUGGAAUCAGUGGUGGAACUACUGCAGGUGCAGACGAUGCAGCUGGACCAGGACCCACAAACUGAGGGGUCCCAUUGGUUCGCUUCUGCAGUUAGGGCCACCCAAUAGAAAUGUGUCUUCAGGGGCCGGGUCUUAACAGCAUGACCAGUCCCCUUUAACAAUGUAAGGGCAGCCUUGGAGGAGGUGAGAGCUGGUCACGUCUUCCCAGAUAACACAGGGCUGUCCAGGAGUGAGAGAGGACAGAGGGGAAAGGGCACAGAUCAAGACAGCCAGCUUCUAACUCCCAACAGCCUCAGCCAGUAGAAACCUCUUGCAUACAAAAUGUAGGAAAAAGGUGGAUAGCUAAAAUGUGUGCAUUUUAACCUGCAUGUGUGUUUGUAUGUGUGUUAUUGUGUGUCUGUGUACCUGCAUGUAUGUCAUUGUGUGUGUCUGUGUAUCUGCAAUAGUCAGUGUUUGUAUAUGCGUUUGUGUACCUGCAUGUGUCAGUGUGUAUAUCUUUGAGUCUGUGUAUGUGUAUUAGUGUGUGUGUAUGUGUAACUAUAGGGUGUCAGUGUAUGUCUGUGCAUCUGUAUGUGUGUCAUUGUGUGUACCUGUUUGUGUACUUGUGUAUCUGUAUCUGUGUCAUUGUGUGUAUCACUGUGCCGUGUAUCUGCAUGUUUGUCAGUGUGUGUGUGUCUGUACCUGUAUGUGCAUUUGUAAGUGUCUGUGUAUCUGCAUGUGUGUCAGUGAGUAUAAAUACAUUUCAAAUUUAAAAGUGGUCCAACACGUUUCAUCCACCUGGCGGACUUCCGCAGGGACCAAAAUAACUAUAACAAUCAAUAAUAAUAAUAAUUUAAAUAUAUUUGAAAGUAGGUAUAGGUUUAUUGUAAACACAUUUCAGGUAGGUAUUUGAAGAGAUUUAUUGUUACCAAAUCUCCAGGUAGGUUGUAGUAUAGUUAUUGUAUUUUAAUUGUUAUAUUUUUUUUGGUCCCUGAGGAAGUGCAAUGGGAAGAUGAAACGUGUUGGACCACUUGUUGAAAAAUUUAAUUUUAUUGCUUGUAAAUUUCACUUUAUGCUUGUAUUUAAAUUGUUUCCCAUUUCAUUUCAUAAUUUUGUUUAAAAAAAUGCAACAUUUAAAAUACAAUUAAUUCUGCGUAUCUCUAUCACUUCACACUGAUCAUCAAAAUACAUACAUAAAUGGCCUACUUGCAGCUGACACUACCACAAAUAACAAUUUUGUUAUAUUCCCACAGCCGUGUCUCUAAAACCCCUCAAGAAAGCAAACAAAUUAAAGCAAUAUUGCAUAUAAAUGAACACUCUGAAACCAUUCACAGCUGUCUCAAAGAACAACUAAACAAGACAUAUGUUAUCACUUUCUCUUCUCAAUUUUAAUUUUUUUUUAAGGUAAAUAAAUGCAGAUACAGUAGAAAAAUUAGCUACACCCCCUGAUUAAUCUUCUAACCAAUCGGUCAGUAGAUUAAGGGGUGUAGCAAAUAGCUUAACAAAUAAUAAUUCAGCGGCUGGAAUCACUAAUUUAGCAUGAGAAAAAUAAUAUUAGUGGGCUGGGUAAGGUGAAUUAGCUUAAUUUAUUUGGGGAAAUUAGACUGUGAAGCGACCAACUUCCUGGUUCCUCCAUGUCCAGAGCAACCGCAUCAGAUCAUGUCGUAUGGGGAGAAGGAUGUGUGAGUAUGAAAUGUGUGUGAUAACAUUUUUACAAGUAAACAUCGGAUCUACAGUGCACUACAUCCAGCAAUACAGUACACAUAAAUACAUUGCCCAUAAUUGGCAUAGGAAGAAAAAAGUAAAUACGUAAUCCUAGGAGGCCUAAACAAGUUGGUUACCUUUAUAGAAUUUAGUUUUUGGUUUUUGUUGUUUUUUUCCCUUUGUUUUUAAUAAUACAUUUUUUUUUGGCAUACCUAAUCCUAUAACCAUUUCCCCCCCACCCCUCCCCUCCCUCCGGCGUGCUGCCAGUGGUUGACAUUAAUCCAGUUUCCCGUCUUCCCCUAUUUUUGAACAACUAUAAGGGCCCUGUCUGGGUUUCCCGGUGGGGUUGGGAAGGGACAGGGAUGUGUAGCAGGCUGUCUCACACCCUAUGGGGCAGGGGAAGGAAUUAAAGAGAGUGGCCAUGUGGCCCAGUGUGCCUCCUAGGGACUGGCUGGUAUGCCCCAAAACUGUUCCAUAUAACGGCUGGUAGUAGUGGGGCAUGGAAAAUGUUAACUGGGGAUAGUAAUGAAGGGUCCUCUUAUGGUGAAUGUGAUAGUCCACUGCCCUGUAACAGGUGUCCCAACUGCAUUACAUGGUUGCCUUAUUGAGUUUGAAAAACAUACGACCUGAGUCCAGGCGUGGUCAUGCUCCGUGACAGCCUGUCAAGCAAGUUAGCAGUCGGCAUAGGUUUAUUGGUGCCGUGUGUCCAUGGUGGGAUGAUCAAUCUGUUAGGAGGCACCAGGAAGAAUAUGAAGCAACGACCCUUGCCGUUCUGUAAGUAUUUUCCAUGGAUGUGUAGCUGUCUGUUUCCAUCAACAAUUUGUGUCUGCUUAUCUGGAAGUGGUGGGGAGGUUGGCGCAUCUGGAAGUGGUGGGACAUUUCCAGCAGGUGUGUGCACUUGUAAUCCAAUAGGGAGGGUGUGUGGAGAGACAAUCAGACACUCAGUAGCUUGCGGUCACAGAAAUUCUGUAGAAGAAUGGCCUGUAGCGGCUACCACCUAAGAAUAGUGAUUGAGCUUAGGACACUGAGGAUCUUGGGGAAUGUAGGGUAUGGCGCUGCUCCUUUUCUGUGUGGCCGAUUGCCAGCGUUGCCUCUAAGGAAAGUGUUGGGCAGCAUUCAGUGGGGUCGGUGAGUACCAGUCCGGAAUGUUAGUAUCUUGGAGCUCCAGAGUUCGUAUGAAUGGCUGCACAUCAGGGGGAGAGGAGAUGGUGUAUGUCGUACCUUGCAUUGUGACAAUUUGUGCUAGGGGACAGCCCCAACAAUAGCAAAUAUUGCGGAUUUGCAGCUGGUCAGUAAUAGGCUUAAGUGCUCUCCUGGCCUGGUCAACCAGGACAGGUCUGGAUAUAUCUGCACUGGAUUGUCAUGGAAAUGUAGCGGAGGAGUAGUUUGGCAGAGAGUUUUCAUUAACUCUUCUUUGUAGGAGAAACAAUGGAGCCGAAAUAUUACACCCCUAGGUGCAUCAGCAGAUGUGUUUCUGGGUCUCAAGGAUCUACGUGCCUAGUCCAAAAGCACCGGUGUGUCGGUCGGCUUACCUAAUAAUAGGUUGAACAGUUCAUGGAGAGUUAUGUGAAGGUCCUCCUUGUCACACUCCGGCAGUCCCUUAAUUUGAAAGGGUUGUUCCUCCUACCCCUAUUAUCAGGUCGUCCAGGGACCUUUGGUAGAAGGAUAGGGAUGUGGUCUGAGUAUCCAGGGCCAUUUGUUGGUGUUGUACCUGAGUGAAUAAUAUGUCCCGGUCGUCCUCCAGAGAGUUUACUCUCUCACCAACAUGGCAGAGAUCGGAUCGCAGAGCAUCCAUUUUCUUCUGGAAAGAUGAUUCCAGUUUGGCUAGCAUAAGGGCCAAAUCAUCUUUGGAGGGUAGGUUUUUCAGUAAUUCCUUGAUGUCAGGAUCUUACUGUGAUAUGAAGCCCUCAGAUUCUGCUGGGCUGGAAGGAGGAGAUUCCCCUUGUGCUGCCAGUGCCAUUUUGGAAGCCUCUGGUUCAUACUGUGUUUCCAAGGAAUCAUGAAAAUAUUUGGUGAGGGAACCCCCUUUUCCAUUGGGGGUCUUCCCUGGUACAGUGUGGCUGGAGUGGCCUUUCAUGGGGUUACCCAUAUCACUAUUUCAGCCCUCGUUUUAGCGAGAUUCCGCCGGUGAUAUCAGGGAGCUCAGCAGGAUGUGUCCAUGCAGCGCCUUAGCUGGCCACGCCCGACUUCAAUUUUCUUUUUUUUUGCAUUCAUGUGUAUAAUAAAAUUAGUAUUAUUAUUUAUAAAGUGACUACAAAUUCUGACUUUCCUUAACUGUGAUUGCAUUUUUAGAGGGAUAUAUACAUAUGCGCAGAUCUAAUACAAAUGUUAUCACCCUUGCUGGAAAAUUGUCUAGUUUUAUAACUGAUAAUCAUAAUGUGCACUAAAUACUUGAAACUUUACAAAAUAAAACAGAAUGACUGUCAAGGAACAUUUUAAAUACUAGCCGUUAAAGGCAGAAUAUGAAGAACAACUCACGACUGAUGACAUGGUCUGUCUAUUAUCCAGAGCCAACUGCCAUAGGAAAUCUCCUUUUUGGCCAAAUUUAACAUGUGUACUCAUCAUCAUCAAACACACAAAAGUAUUUUUCAUCAAAUUAAACAUCAACCAUAAUAAAUAAUGUUGACAAAUAAAAGCUUUUUUAUACACCGAUAUUCUUUCAGUUUAUUGAUAAUUUAUGUGAGAGCCUUGUAAACAUUUUGUUUUUGUUUGCUUCAGGUAUUAUCGUUGUGACCGUAACCUUGUGUGGAAUGCUGGAGCUUUGCACUACAGUGAUGAAGUAAUCCUUAUUCGUGGUUUGACACCACUGCCCACCGAGAAAGAUGCCUUGAAAGAAAGUGUUAAAAAAGUUGAAUACAUUGGGAAAGGAACACAUACUGACUGUGCUAUCAAAAGGGGCCUUGAAGAAAUCCUUGUUGGGUUGGUAUAGCAAUAUUAUUAGUGACACACUUUUCUGAGAAAAUGUUGUCUUAUGUGCCUUUCAGAAUUAUCACCCAAAUUCACUCUGUUUCUCUUUAUUAUACAGACCUUAUCUUACUGUCUUCCAUACUGAUUUGAACAGAUUAUAUACUUUUAGAUUAUAUACAACAUGCUUUGAAAGUUUCAGAGGCAUGUCUUUUCCUGUAGAUGUUGCAUGUUCCAAAAGUCAUCAUCCCAAUAGAGCAAGAUAAAUAUGCAUCUUUUUCUUAUUUCAGGGGGUCGCACAUGAAUGAAAACAAAUAUCUCAUAGUGGUAACAGAUGGACAUCCCUUGGAAGGCUAUAAGGAACCUUGUGGAGGACUUGAAGAUGCAGCUAAUGAAGCCAAGCAUCAUGGUGUUAAAAUAUUUUCUGUUGCCAUUUCACCAAACCAUCUGGUAAGAUUUCAUAGAACACCCAAAUGCAGGCGACUACCACUGAGAGGUGGCUUGAGAAACCUUUUCAUUCAUUAACAUCUAUUUUUGUCUUUAGGAAUCCCGCCUUGGUGUUAUUGCCUUUGAUCAAAAUUAUCGAAAGAACUUCACCGCUACAAGUGCCUCUGGACUUCCCAUUGAGGAGACAGAUCUCACUAUAGAUACUAUCAUUGAUACUAUUGUAAGUUUUCUUUGGCAUGAGGCCUACAGUAGCAUGUUCUCUAUAGCGUUCAGUGUCUUGCAUUGGCUUAGUCCUUGAGCUAGGGAUAAAAUUAAAUAGUUGCUUACUGCAUAUUUUAUCCAGAAAUCUCUUUACCAAUCUUAUUUCAUUUUUUUUAAAUUCUGCACAUCACUGUUUUUUUUUUCUUGAAUCACCAUGACCACUUCACUGGUUUGAAGUGGUCAUGGUGAUUGGAAUCCUAAUGUGCAAUAUUUCUAUUUGCAAUGCUGCACAUACAGAUAAAUCUGCACUUUUGUGCUGGGGGCUAGUUGCACACCCAGCACACAUGACUUAGGCAGCCCGGGACUCUGUCCCAAACUGCCUAAUAUCAAUUGUGUACAAAAAUGACAUCUGUCGUCAACAUACACUACGUUCUGGCCACAGAUGUAAUGAGAUUCUCUCUUGCAGGCUGCAUUCAUCUCCCCUCACCCCUCACUCCUUCAUUUAAGUCCUCCCUGAAUCCCUAUACCAUCCAUUAGUUUUUUUUAAAUAGUAAUUUUCUCCUCCCCCACUCCUACUGGCCCUUACUUGUUCAGAGUGCAUGCAUGCGCUCUGAGCUGGUGAAACACUCAAAUCAUAUGCUUUGAUAUAAGAAGCAUUUGAUUGGAUCUUGUGAUGACUCUGGUGAUGUCAUAUGGAAUUUGAGAGGAGUGCUGGGAGAUUUGCCCGGGGCUGGAUUUCAGGUAAAUUAUUGCUUUGUUUUCUACGUUUUUAUAGAGUCCGUGGAGGGUGGGGGAACCUAAAAAAUAAUGCCUAGUAAGCAUAAUGAAUUUGAAGAAAAAAAACCCAAUGGCAUAAAAGGAGUAAGGAAAGUAGAAAGUUUUAACUCACCCUCAACAAACUAUAUAGUGAUUGUGUUCUGUGCUCAAACUUAAAUAACACAUAACAAACCUAUAUUAAAUACUAUACCCUGUUUAUGUGUAUUGUUUAGGAAUAUACAAUCCAAAUCAAUCACAUUUUUUGUAUUCAGUACAUAAAAGAAAUAUUGCGAUGGUUUACUAUUACAAGGAUAUUAUUGAAGUAGCACGUUAAGAUAUUAGGGGCAUGAUAAGAUACAGUGGCAUACUGGACUGUUUUUCAGUAAUAUGUGUGCCACGAUUAAUUAUGUUGAUACAUUGAGAUUCUAUACAAUAACCAUGUGAGGUUCUAGUAACCACCAGCAAAAAUAUGAAGCGAAAGUGUUAUGCUGUAAAACUAUGAAGAUUUGAUAUGAAGUAAUAAGUGUUUUCUUUUCUUUCAGAAAAUGAAUGGUGAGCAUGGGGUAAGUUCUAAGAAUUAUUUGAAGUGAUUUUCAAGUAUUUUGGUGAAUAGGCAACUGUUUCUUUCAGCUCUGAUCACUUACCUCUUUUUUUUUUUUCUUGCAGUGCUGCAGUUACGAGUGUCAGGUAAGAGAGUCUAACAUUCACACGUGCUGGUUCAAACGAAACUAAUGACCAUUGUAAAAGUAUGUUUAUUUAAUUAAAAUUACAUUUCUACAACAAGUUGUCACACAUUGGAGGAAUAAAAAAUAUAUUUUAAAAAAGAUUGUUUAUACCUAGUUUUGGAAAGAUAUGGAAAAGGAAAAGAAUAAAAUAACAUACAAUACAUUGAAAAGAUUGAUUUACGUUCUAAAGCAUUAACCAGCAAAUCAAUGUUAAUUAGGCAUUGAUUGCUUAAGACCCUACAAAUAAGUUUAAAUUGAUUUCUUCAUUAAAAAAAUGUGUCCAAGCAGAAACUGCAAGUGACAUUUUUGACAAUUUUAUAUUAGGCCACAUCCCUUAAUUUCCUAUGUAAAUUCAGGCAAGUUAACUACAACACUCCAGUCCAGUGGAACUGAUUUCUGCUUACCUACACUGAGUUAAAGCAUUAUGUUAAAGAGCAUUAUUGUAUGUGCUCUAUUUUUUUCACUUAUUGAUAUUGAUAUUUAGCUGUCUGCCUUGUCUCACUGUUCUCUUUUUAUUUACCUUAGGCUCCCCGAGGACCUACUGGAGAUAUAGGUCCAGCUGGUGCUGACGUGAGUGCCAUGAUAAAGUAUUUGUAUUUAUUUUCUUUUUCUUUUUGUAAUAUUCUGUAGUGCUGAUUGCUCAUUUGUUUUUAUUAUGUAUAUAUUUACAGGGAGAGCACGGGAAACCAGGACUCCCAGGAGAUAAAGGACCACCUGGUGAUCCAGUGAGUAAAUAAGUCAGAGAGGUGUCAUUGGCGAAAGCUAUUUUACACUAAAAUGAUAUACCACUGUUUUGCUCUGUACUCUGCUUUAAGUGUCAAAUCAUCACACCCAUUUGUAAUUUGUUUUAUAAUUGAUCAAUAAUGUGCCUUUUUUACAGACUACUGUGUUGUGUCAAAUAUUAAUAUUUAGGUAACGGGAACAACCAGUAUAUUCCUUAGUGUAAAACACCACAUUUGAACAAAAUACAGCUAUAACUUUAAUCUGCCAUAUUCCUGAUUUUCCCUCUGUUUGAUAAAAACAUUACACUAAAAAAAUCAGUAGAAUGUGGGCCAAUUGUACUAAAUAAUAAAUCAUUAUUUUGUCGUGAACUAUCUGUUGUUUGCAGUCCUUCCUCAUAAACUUGAGCCAAGCUUUUGGCUUCCUCUCUUACGUACUUUUUAUUCCUAAAGUUAAGGACUGGCCAUUAUGAAAAUUAUUAACCAAUUAUUAAUAAAAACUUGGAAUGCAAAAGAAGCCAUUACGACCAAGUGCUUUCAAGAGCGCAGGCAUGAUCAUCUUAGAUGGUAGAAUGUUAAGCGUCAAAGGUCAUAAUAAGACCUACAGAGUUACAAUUGGCAAAAGCUGUAAAAUUAUCAAAUUUAAACAUGGUACCACUCCAUAUCAAAAAAUAAAGUGUCAAAAGAAUGAGUUUAGAGAACCACUGUUUUUGGAUGCAAAAAUAUAGUGGCCUACAUUUACAGGAGAAAUUUACACUAAAUCUAAAAGCCUACUUUUGGUGCCUGUAAGAAAAUGUCUGCAAUUCUCCCUGGGUUGAAUUUUUUUUUUGUUUUUGACAAUCUUGAUAUGUUUCCACAGGGAAGGCAAGGAGAUAUUGGACCUGAAGGGUACCAGGGAAUGAAGGUCAGUGUCAUUGUUCCCCACAUUCUAGUUAAUCUCUGGGAGGGUCUAGGAUGGACUUUUACAUUCUUUCUUAUUUUCUCCUUUUCUCUAGGGAGACCAAGGUGUCAGAGGAGAGAAGGUGAGUCAUCCGAAAUGUGUCUAAUGUGAUUGCUCUGUAUUACCAAUAUGACUGUAGACUGUAUUUUACUGGGAAACAAUUAAAAUUUCAAAGAGGCCAGUUAUCAUAUGGAAGCAGAAGUGCUUUUGACCUGUUAGAGCACCUACAAUAGACACUGAAAGUUCAGUCAGCCACAUGUUAUGUACGUUAAGGCUUUUGUGUAAGGGGGUAGGCAUUUUGAGGACACCAUGGGUAGAAUUUACAAGUAAUAGUAAAAAUAAUCAGCAGAUACAAAAUAUGACAGACAAUGAGUGCAUAGUAGCACAGAGGCAGACAAAGUAGGGGAUGCAUUAUAAAACAACAAAAGGUUGUUGAGCAAUGAAGUCAGUAUACUGUUUGAAUAUUGUAGAACUACAAUAUUCUACAUGCUAAACAGAGAGAGAGAGUAUAUGGGCCGUAGGGAAAGGAACAUCAUCGGGAGUCAAAAAUGGUGGGAGGACUUUUGAAAAAGCUGGGAUUUAUGGAUUGUAAGAGGAAACAUUUGAUACAGACAGAGGUCAAGAGAGAACAAAGUCAUAGAGACUUAAUGAUGGGAAAACAGGGACAGAGAUAGUAAUUGGGAAAAAUAUUUGUAUAUAACUUAAUCAUUAUGCCAUUAAGCUCUGUUUUCUUACAGGGUUUCAGAGGCGGCAAAGGUGCAAAAGUGAGUAUUAACCAGUACAUAUAAUGACUUAAUAAUAUCACAACAUUUUAUUUACUAAAUGUCUCACUUUACUUUCUUCUUGUAAUCUAAAUUCUUACUGUGUUUCUAAUUAUUAACAGUCAGGAUUCCUGGUAGUGAUGGUGUAAUGCAUGUAUGUUAUUAUAUAUAUAUGCAUGUUAUUGUACAGUAAUUAGAGGACAAAUAGUUUAAGCAGUAGAAUAAAUUACUCUAUCACUGUUGGCUGUGACAGAAGAGCCCAUACAUAUUAGAAUUAAAGGGUUCCUGUCCUGGCAAUUACAACGUAAUCUUAAAUUAUAGAGAAUCAGAUUCCAUCUAUACGUUGGGCUAGCAGAAUUUCUUUCAGAAAUGUCUAGAUUUCUUAAAAAUCAGAGAUUAAAUACCAGCCCUUUAAUCCUCCUCGCAAUUAAAUAUAUUGGUUAGAGAUAAUUAUUCAGAAUAAUAUUCAGAAUGGUAGGAAUCUUCUGUAAUAAGUUGGAAUGAAAAAUAUAGCUUGGCAGUAAAGUAACUAUUUAGAAAUGAGAGUAAGGAAACCAAUGUUAAAAAAAGAGAAUAGAAGGUUACAUGGGGACAGACUAGAGCAGUUUGCAAGUUCCGGAAUGGAGGAGUAACAGUGAGUUGCAGAUGUUGCCCAAAGAAGAGUGGAGGCAGUAAAGAGGUUUAGUGAGAUAUGAGUCUUUGCAUGGUGGAAGCAAUAAUUAAACAAUGGUGAUGUUUACCAAGUAGACAAAGACAAAAUCUAUAUGAACUGUAGUGAGUACAGAGUCUUUGAAAAAGUGGAAACAGGUAUGAGGCAAUUAUGGAGUUUUCCAUGAGUUGAGCACUUGACAUAAAUUCCGUUUGAAUGAGACAAUGGAUUUGACUCAGAAGCUGAGGUCUGUUACCGGUAUUGUAGAAUAACUGGUGGAUGAUCUGUGAGCAAAGUCACAUAGCAGGAAUCAAAGUCUGAAGCCAAUGAGGAAGCAGGCACACAAGAGUGAUCUGUAAGUCAUUGAUGAGAACCAGGGCCUGAAGCCAAUGAUGAAAGACCUGGGUGAUCUGCUAGAGUGGUCAAGAACAAGAGCCAGGGUCUGAAGUCAAUAAUGAAGGACAAGGAUGAUCAACAAGAGUAGUCAGGAGCACGAGAUAGGCUCUGAAACCAAUGAUGAAGUUACUUUGGGUCCUCACAAGCUAAAGCUGUGAAGGAAUAGAAUUUCACAUUGCAAGGCAGUAUAAGGAACUCAAUAACCGGGCAAUAAAAGACGCAAUGGGCAAAAUUUAAAUAGACAAUCAUGGCUACAGCAUCCUGAGACAAUUAAGCAUUUGAUCAUUACAUCACAGAGCAAGUAAAAUAUAAGUUAAUCCUUACUGCGGGGACAUUCUGACAUUAAUGAUUUUUUCAGAUAACUAUGAGUAAUAGUCCAAUAUAUUUUUAUGGUUAAACCUGUCCAGAUUGUUUUGUACAGUCUGUCAUCUCUGGACAUAUGCCAGAGGAUAGAUGCUCAAGCCUUAUAAUUUUUGACAAACAUCCAUUACUUCUUCUCCAAAGUAGACAGUUCACUUGCAUGAUGAGGCAUUUGGCUAGUUUACAUACAGGGACUACCUGAUAAAAAUCCAAUGAACAGAAAUGUGGUUAACAGAAACCACAGUACAAAUGAAAUAGAUACCAAAGUUGCAGAGUAAACCAAUAGAAAGAAAGGAUAAUGUUCAUGGCUGGCAGGCAGCACAGAAGCCAGUUAGAUACAAAUAACAAGAUUAAAGUCAUUCAGAGGAAUAGUAUAACCAGGCUAACAAAGGGAGCAGAUAGAGAUUGAUGAAUACAUUUGAGAUUAUAUGUAGAUCCAACCUGUUACAAUUUGGGUCUUCAUAUUUCAAUAUGGUAGCGGCAACAUUAAAAAAAGUAAUGGUUUGAGAUAUUUCGACUUGGUAAACCAUCCCUUGACAGUGGUUCCUGUUCUGCCUGUGUGUCAAAUCUCUUCCACUAUUUACAGACAAUGCAUCUAACUAGUAUCUGUUCGUGUAGAAACAUAGACAUAGAAUCAUAGAAUGUGACGGCAGAUAAGAACCAUUCGGCCCAUCUAGUCUGCCCAAUUUUCUAAAUACUUUCAUUAGUCCCUGGCCUUAUCUUGUAGUUAGAAUAGCCUUAUGCCUACCCCACGCAUGCUUAAACUCCUUUACUGUGUUAACAUCUACCACUUCAGCUGGAAGGCUAUUCCAUGCAUCCACUACCCUCUCAGUAAAUGAAUACUUCCUGAUAUUAUUUUUAAACCUUUGCCCCUCUAAUUUAAGACAUUUAAUGUCCUCUUGUUGUGGUCGGUUUUCUUCUUUCAAAUAUAGUCUCUUCCUUUACUGUGUUGGUUUCCUUUGUAUUUAAAUGUUUCUAUCAUAUCCCCCCUGUCUAGUCUUUCCUCCAAGCUAUACAUGUUAAGAUCCUUUAACCUUUCAUUGUAAGUUUUAUCCUGCAAUCCAUGAACCAGUUUAGUAAUCCUUCUCUGAAUUCUCUCUCAAGUAUCAAUAUCCUUCUGGAGAUACGGUCUUCAGUACUGCGCACAACCCUGUUGCAUAUCUUAGUAUCAUCAGCAAAAAGACAUACCUUAGCAUCAAGACCUUCUGCAAUAUCACUAAUAAAAUAUAAAAGAGAAUGGGUUCAAGUACAGAUCCCUGAGGUACCCCACUAGUGACAAGCCCAUGCUUCGAAUAUACUCCAUUGACUACAACCCUCUGUUUCCUGUCACUCAGCCACUACCUUACCCAUUCAACAAUAUUGGAAUCCAAACUUAAAGAUUGCAGUUUAUUGAUAAGCCUUCUAUGUGCAACAAUAUCAAAAGCCUUACUGAAAUCUAGGUAAGCAAUGUCUACUGCACCACCCUAAUCUAUUAUUUUAGUUACCCAAUGAAAAAAAUCAAUAAGAAUAGUUUGGCAUGAUCUCUCUGAAGUAAACUAAUGUUGUCUGUGAUCUUGAAAUCCAUGGGAUUUUAGAUGUUCAACAAUCCUAUACUUUAACAUGGUUUCCAUUACUUACCCCACUACUGAAGUAAGACUUACUAGCCUAUAGUCGCCCAACUCCUCCCUACUACCUUUCUUAUGAAUGGGCACAACAUUCGAUAACUUUCAUGUAUCUAAAUUAUCAGCAAAUAAUCAGAAACUUUAGAAACCUCUAACUCUCAAUUGCAUUAUGUUUUUUCCUUUCUUUUUGUUGUGUUCAACCAAUAACCAAUAAAUCUAUUUGACUUCUUUUUAGUCAUAUUUCUAUUUACCCUUUAACUGAGAUCCACUGACCACUCACUCCAAAUUAUCUAAAUACCUUUUUUCACAAUUCUCACUGCUUUCCCUGUCAUGUUAAUGUUUUUCCAUCCAAUGAAAUCCAGCAGAAAUGCUUGUUUCUCUCUCUAACAUAUAUUUAAUCUUGUGCAGGGUGAAAAAGGAAAAAGAGGAAUUGAUGGAAUCGAUGGGCAGAAGGUCAGUAUGAAGUCAUGUUCAUGCAAUAAAAUCUUACAUUCUCACACAUACUCAUAUUUGCUAUUUUCAUUGCUUUGUCAAAUGUACAUUUUAUGGAUACAUUCUGAUUCUUUCUGACAGGGGGAUGAUGGAUUCCCUGGACUUUCUGGUUGCAAAGGAUCUCCUGGAUUUGAAGUAAGGAAUAAGUAGGACUACAAGAGCAAUUUGUAUGACUAACCAAAAACGUCUUGCAAAGGAUACCAUGUAACGUCUUAUUUUGCUGAAAUGAUUAUGCUUAACAUGAUGGAGGAUCUGAUGAUCUUCAAAGUUAAAUGUAUUGAUCUAAUUUCUUAAUAGGGAGAACCUGGAGGCCCUGGACCAAAAGGAGAUCCUGGCUCAUAUGGACCAAAAGGAGGCAAGGUAAGUCCCCCUAUUCAUAUAAUGAAACUCAUAAACAGAGAACUCUAUUUGCAUACAUGGGCAAUACCAGACAUCUAGAGAUACAAAAUAAAACUGGAGGUAGAUUAAUGAUACUUCACAGACAGAGAAACAUGUCCCAUGUAAAACGAAAGACACAUAGAAAAAUGAAUGUGGGAGAGGUAUAUGCAAAAGUACCAAAAUAAAAAGUGUGGCCUUACAAUACAGGCAUCUGUCAACUGAAUCAUAUUUUUUUUUUUCAGGGUGAACCUGGAACCCCAGGGAUUCCAGGCAGAGCUGGAAGUACUGGGAAUCAAGGUGAUAAGGUAAGAUGACUCAAGGAUUGAAGGGACAAAUAAUUAAUUACCUAAAAAAUCGACCUUCUAGUCCAUGCUUUGUGGCAGGCUUCCGGAAGGACUUGAACAGAAACCUUGCACUAAAAAAAAGGACCCAAUAAUAUUUUAUGUCUUACUAUCACGUAGUUGGAACUAAAGGUCAAUUGCAUCGUCAAUUAUUUAUGAUCAUUCUUUGGCUAUGUGGAGCGGUUAAAGCUACCAUGAUCUCAGACCUAAUUGCAGAUUUGAAAUCCAUCACCUUUACAUAAUCUAUUAGACCUUAGAAGUUGAUUCAGAAAUAAAAAAAUAAAUAAACAAAUGAUCUUGAAAAAUAAAUCACAAGUCUAAUGAAAAAAACAUUACCUUUCAACUUUGAGUUUCUGAAAAUAUGCUGCAUAAUUUCAUCGGAUACAUUGAAUUUUGUUGGUGAAUAUUGAUUGCAAUUUACCUGUUUUAUAGGGAGACCCAGGAGAGAAUGGCCCACCAGGAGAGAAGGGGGAGUCUGGAGAUGAGGUAUUUUGAUGUGUUGUCUUUACAUACUGAUCCAAUCAGACGACUUAUGGCAGUACUGAUACGUGUUUAUCUUUCUUUGUCAUUAUAGGGGGAUGCUGGACCAGAUGGACCUCCUGGUGAACGGGUAAAAUAUUUACAUAAUUAUUUAAUACUGUUUAAAUUUGAGGUGCUAGGUGUUGUCAUAAUAGAAACAAUUGUAGUUGCCACUUUAUUGAGAAGCCUGGCAACAUGUAUUGUUUAAUGUUUGAAAUCUAUGCUAUAGAAAGUUAAUGACCGGAAAAAGUAAUGCCAACUAUUCAGUAAAAAUACUGAUAGAAUACUCAAUAAGAUACAUAUUACUGUAUUAAAAACGUCAAGUACAAUGGGUUGGGAAAAUAUGAUAACAGGCCAUAGAAUAAUUUCAAAAUGUUAACAUUUUUAAAGAGUAUGAUUAUAGAAAAAAAAUAGAGGAGACCGAGUUAACUGUUUGAACAUAUUAUCUGCUGCUCAAAUAAAAAAUAAAGAAAAAAAUAAGGCAAGAAGACAAUACAAACUGAGAUGGAAAAGUUACAUCUCUUAAAAAAGUAUACUGACUACUCUAGGAAAAUAUUAAUUACUUCCCAAUGAAAUACUGACUGCCGUAGAUAAAUAAUUGACACAGGUUAGCAAAGAACACACUUGUUGCUCUUGCUAAAUAUACUUUAUGAUCCAGAAAUAUGGUGGUAACUUUUCUAGAAAAUGAAAGUAUUCUGCAAGCAGACAAUUUUGACAGUAAUUGCUUUGGCCAAAGAAUGGCUACUGCUUGGAAAAAAAGUAAAACCUAGGGGGGGAAAGAGAGUUCUUGAUCUAUAUUGGAUUUUCCAUGGGACAUGCCCGGUUAAGGUCUGGGAAAUUGUUUUCACAAUAGCAUUCAUGCUAUUAUAGUCUCAAGGGCAUCAUCUCAAAAGAUAAGCUGUUAUUCAUAGUUUAUCUUCAUUUUAAUCUUCUACUUUUUCAGUACGACCAUUCUGAUGUUCUUGUGAAAUAAUUUUUUCUUGUAGUUUUACACUUUUUUAAGAUGUUCCCAAAACAUACACCAGUAGCCAAGACAAAUAAUGAUAUCAUAAUGUGUGUCACAUAAAUAAUUUUGUAUAGUGGAAUAUUUUUAGCAAUAUCAAGAAAAACAAUGAUCAUUUAUCUAUAUUUUGGGGAAACUCAGUUGCAGGGAGGGAGUAGGUAAUAUUUUUUGCUUUUAAUUUCCUUGAUUUGUAAUUCUGUUAAUUAAAGGGGCACUCUAGAAUUAAGUCAACCUCCUUUUUGAUACAUUAUGGAAAUUGUAAUUAAAAUCUUGCCCCCCCAAAAAAAGAUAAAAAGUUACAUCAACUUUGAAUUUCCCCCAUUUACGAUACAAGGAAGUGGCUAUAGCUACUAGCCUUUGUUUUGUAAGAGGCCACUUUGCAUACCCUUUAAAUUCGUACAUUGCAGAAACUUGUGGUAUAUGCAUCGGAAAUGUCCAUUUUCUACUGGAUACUUUAAAGUGGGCAGCAAACCUGUCUGUCAGAUACGUCCAUUUAUGAAAAAAAAAAUGCUUGGCAAGGGUGUCAUGAACUAAUAAGGGGUAUCUGUGUCAGCUUUAUGACAUUGCAGAGUGGGGAUGUGUGGGAGAGUUCCUUUAAUGUUCUGAUGAUAGUAAAUAAAUACUGUUCAUUAUGUCAAUAGGGUGGACCUGGUGAACGUGGCCCUCCUGGAGUCUCUGGUGUACGUGGACUUAGAGGAGAUAAGGUAAUAUUUGAAGGAAUAUGUACGAUUUAUGCACAGUCAUUGGAAGUGUGUUGUAAGAGAUGUGAAGUUUAUGUUCAUAUUUUUGGUGGUAGUGACUCUUGUAAAAAUAUGAAUAUAUCAUAUAAUAGCUUGUCUGUUUGAGAUGUAUACUGAUAAGUCAGGAUAUUAAAAAUUUUUCUGCAACAAAGUGUCUUAAAGUGCAUCUGUAAAUUUAUUAUGUUUAACUGUUAAUUGAUCAUUACUUUGUUGGCACAGAAUACAAGGUAUAGUGUGGCAACUAUAUGCUAUAUAUUGUGAUUUUAUGUGUUGUACUUUACUAUCUCAGUCAAUUUUAAGAGUCUUGACAUUUCUUUGCCAACUUUAGGGUGAACCAGGACCACAGGGUGAACAAGGAAGAGACGGACAAGCUGGAUUGUCCGGCGAUCCAGUAAGUCAAGCUUUAUCUAUAUUGUGAUAAAUGGACAUUGUUACUCUUAGCUAUAGUAACACAGAUUCAUUAACUUAACAUUUCCUCACAUCUUAAUACUAGACUGGAUAGAACCAUCUCUUUAGGCAGAAAAUUCCAUAUCUUACUGUAAAGAAUAAUUUCCUCUGCCACAGGCAAAAUCUCUUUUCAUCAAGUCUAAAUCUUAAAUUGUGUCUUUUGUAAAGUCCUACUAACGAACAGGUAACCAGGGAACUGUUCGUACUGGUCAUGUAACUAUUUGUAUGAUAUUAUCAAUUCCCCUCUAAAACACUGUUUUCUAAUGAGACCAAGUUUAGAGUGUCUAUCCUUUCAUCAUAAUUCUUCCAUUCCCCUUAUUAAUUUUGGAGCCCUCAUCUACACUUUGUCUAGUUCCAUAACAUUUGUUGUUAAAGGGACACUCCAAACCAUGAAAACAGUUCAGCUUACUAAAGCCUUUUAGGGUUUUACAGAGUGGCCCAUCUUUCAUACUUUGUAAAAAUGCAGAUUUCAAGGGAAAUCUUCACUUUAGUAAAUUGCUAAUUUGCACACUCUCAGCUGUCAAUCGAUGUAAGUCAGUGUAUUUAUUUAUAACUCUGAAGUUCUGUUAAGAUGCAUGUAUAAAAUGGCAACACAUUAUCAAAGUGAUCAUUUUAUAGAAAUAAAUUAUAUUUUCAGCCCUGUGAAUUCAUUUUAUGCUUGAUUAUAUAUAAAUGGCUUUAGUAAUUGCUGUCUGACAUUGCACAUUGUUGUUUACAACUCAACUCAUGUCCUUUGCAUUUAUUGUUUUCUAUUUCUCAUUAAUAUGUAGAAAAUAAGUUGCUUGUGUGUUCCUUACUAUAAAAACAAAAUGUACACUUAUCUACAUAAACUCUUAUCUGCCAGUUGGCUGCCAAAUCCCCUAAUUUAUCCAAAUCCCUCUGCAACUAAUUAAUAUUCCAAUACACCACAUUGUUUAGUAAGAAAAUGUACUACUAAUUGCAUUGUUGUCCAGAAUUAAUUCCUGUAUAUAAUCCCAGAAAAAGUGUUCAUAUAAUUUCCCAAUCAUGGAUAUUAAGCUCAUAUGUCUGUAAUUUUUGGACAGAGAUUUUAAUUCCUUCUUAUAUAUGGGUACUACAUCUGCUUUUCUCUAAUUUUCUGGCAUGUUUCAUGAAAGAACAGAAUUAAAAUCAAUGAUUUGGAUAUUACCAAAGUAAACUCCCUAAUUACUCUUAGAUGAAUAGUAUCUGGUCCUGGGACUUUGUUUUUUACAUUUACAUUGUUUUCUAUAGUACUUUGUCAUGUGUUUUAUUUUGCCAUUAUAAUUAAAGGUAUUUUUAGAGGUGAUUUGCAUAACUAAAGGUAUUAGUCCUUCGUUGCUUUAUAAUGAAAACAAUACUUAAAACUAUACUAAAACCAAAUCCUGAUCCGCACUUACUAACAUACUCACCUCUGAUUUCAAUGAGCCAACACAUUUACUAUUGAAUACUGCAAAAUUUGUGCUCUUAAAUUUUUUUUGUAGGUUUGUAUUGACCUCUUUUUACCCAGAUUUCAUUUUCUAGUUUAACUUACUUAAUUGCCCCUUUGCAAGUACUAUUGGCAUAUUAUAUUUGUUUACAAUGCCUCUGAUCCAUCUAUUUUAAAUGUCCUUUUUAUGUUUACUUUCUUGACUGACUUUCUACUAAGCCACAUUGGUUUUUACUUUUUUAUUCUUUUAUUUAUUACCUUAUUAUAUGUGCUGGAAAGUGUACUUUUCUAAUAUUCAUUAAAUAGUUAAUUAGUAAAGAUGCCCCUUUCCUAUUGAAAUCAGCCUUUUUAUAUGUGUCAUUUGUUUUAGUAAGCAUUAUUAUCAAGGUCAUUUUGAUGUUCUUGAAUGGCCAUAUAUCCAGGUUUGCCUACCUUAAACUUUUAGUAUUGUACACUCCCCUUGUGUAAGUCAGUGCCAAUGUGUAAUAAAGAGACAGUUGGCUUUUAAUAGUAGGUAAUAAAAGAAAAAAAGGCUAAUUAAAUUUGUCAUUCCUAUUCCAAUGCUUAACGUGAUCUACAUGAAAUCCUCAAUAAGGGAUCUUUAGUAACAAAAGUAAGCUUAACCAUGUUUCAUCUUCAGAGUAGGACAUCUUCCUACAGCUGAGAUGAGAAGCAAUGGUCUUUUUUGUACUCACUUUAGCUAAGCAUAAACUAAUUUUUUUCUUUACAAGCUUCUGGUUCACACAGCUCCUCUCCCAUCCCCAUGCAAUGUGACAUCGAACACGGAAGUCAAUGUCAAAGAUCUGUUGAUCUACCACUAUAUGCCUAUAUUACUUACUUCCAGCAGCCUCUUUUCUGAGAAGUAUAUGAAUUAUGCUGAUGUCAGAUGGUAACAGAGGACAAAAAAUAUAUCUAUAAAAAAUGCUACAUACAGGUCAGAUUUCUUGUCCAAUCUUGUUUACAAUCCAAAAUGCCAUCUGUCUCAUUAUCCAUCAUUAUACAUUAGAGCAGAGCCACCAUCUGCUUGGUGUGUUCUUCACCACAAAACACCAAUCACCGAACAGGACUUUUUCCAGUUUUAGAAAUCUACCUUAUAUUAGGCUGGCUUACAUAUUGAAAGCUCUCUCUCUCUGUUUUUAGCUUGUUCAUAUGGAGAAUUAAAAUCAACUGGAUCACUUGAGUCCAUAUUUUUUCAUUAUGGAUGAUAGUUUUCUUACAAUGAUAUAAUUUAAAUUAUUUUUAGUUUGGUAUAUAUCUCUUUCAGUAUGACAGAAUUUUAUUUUAGGUUUCAUUUUAGAACUUACAUUAUAAAUUAGUAGCACAUAUAAUUAAAAACAUUGUCAUUUCCAAGGUUUUAAAACAACCUUUGGAGAGCCAAUUGUACAAAGAGUAUCAAAAUGGACACAUUUCACAGAUGUUUAUCUCAGUUUAUCUAUUUGCAUAUCAGACUAAUCCUACCCCUAAAGUCCAGAUCUGAAAUAAUGGCCAGCUCCCUCUGGAUAAGAGAUACGGCAACUUUAGGUGAAAUGACGUGGAUUUAUUUACCAAGACUUUCCCAUAUGUAAAAAGAACUGACCAACAUCAAUCCAUGGCAACAAGUUGGAAAGGAUUUGGACAUUGGAAAGAUGUUUACGUGAGAUCCUAAAACCUCUCUUUUUAUUACAGUCAUAGCAUUAUUAUUAUUAUUGCCAUUUACAUAGCGCCAACAGAUUCCGUAGCGCUUUACAAUAUUAUGAGAGGGGGGAUGUAACUAUAAAUAGGACAAUUGCAAGAAAACUUACAGGAAUAGAUUGAAGAGCACCCUGAUCAAACGAGCUUACAGUCUAUAGGAGGUGGGGUAUAAGACACUUUAGGACAGGAAAUAUCUAUCAAAUAGGGUGGGAGUGAAGCAGAGCUGGAGGAGAGAGUAGAGUGCUGUCUUUUAGAUAGCUGCCCUUUAGAUAGCAUCUGUUUUAAUGUUCAAAGAAAGGCAUAGAAAAUAGAAUAUACAAUUGAGAUGGAAAGUACCAAAAUACUUUGUUGGUAUAUCCAUGCAAGAUAAAACACAGUGCUUAGACACAGCAUUAUAUAGAUUUACAGAAUUGACAAAAUAAUGUUCAGUGCCUUCACAUUGCAUUAAUAAGUAUGCCUUUUCUAGAAGGGAAAAAAAUUGUUGUUUUUUAUCAGUAAAUAAUGUGCAAAUAUAUUCCUGGACCUGGAAGUUAUCCAUCUAUAAGUGGUUGAAACCUCUUAAUAGAGUCAAUUCAUGUUGUGAUCUUCAAAAAGUUUCACAUGUUAGCUUGCACAUUUAAGGAAGUGUAGGGAUUUCUGAAUAGCUAUCGGGUCACCAGGGAGUCCUGUGUUUGAUGGAAGACAGCUUUGAAUUUCCUUCUCAAAAGCAUUGCUUUGGAAACAGUGAUAAUGUUAUUGAGUUACAGAAUAGAAAAAACUGCAACUUUUAUAUCCCUUUUUAUAUGUAUUCUGUAGCGCACCAUAGACCAUAAUUACAUUCUUGUGACAACAAAAUAAACACAUUUGCAAACUCGAAUUCACCUCCUGUGCAAAACUGCAAUACAGAGACCUGAAUCAAAUUAAAUCCUCUUUAAAAGGACAUGCAGGCACUGUAACUGCUUCACCUCAUUGAAGUCUCUGGUGCUGUCUUUCUGUUCAGCAUUAAACUGUUUUUAAUAUUUUAUUGCUGAACGAGAAUCCCAGCAGCCCAUCCCUUCUGUGUUGCUUGGGCUAAUGAGUAAGCAUUAGCCUGAGUAGCAAUGGACUACUGCGAUUGGCUUUGAGUGCCCACGGUGUCCGUUUAAAUUAAGUAGAUCAAGGAAUUCUUCAGAAUAGCUUUUUAAUAUUGAUUAUAUAAAAUGGCAUCAAUGGGAAAAAUAAACAAAAAUAGUCCAUAUUGUCUAUUGACUAUAAUGAAAGUGUCAUAUAGGAGGUUAAUGACAUCUUGUUUGAUGUGUGUUUCAUUGUCAUCCCAGACAAUUUUAGAGUUUAAUGGUGUGUAUGUAACUACUUGCUAUGGACAAGUGAUGCAGAAGUAAAAAGUAUAAAGCCAUAUAAAUUUUUAUGACGAUCCAAUUUGUAUCCAAAUGAAUUGUGUAUUUGAAGUAAUGUUUUGGUAACGCAUUGGUAGCCAAUAAGAAAUGGAAAUUGAAACCAGCUGAAAUUAAAGCUGUUCUUUACCUUGUAACUAACCAUGCAAAGAUAACAAAUUUUCCAAGAUUUUAAAUAUUUCUGCAUGGGAUAGAAGGAGGGAGUAAAAGCCCUAAGAUCCUAGAGUGAUCCUGAAUGCAGUUCACAUCUAUAGAGGCACAUCAACAUACAAAGAUAUUUUAAGUCCUGGAAAUGUUAUCUUUGCAAUAUACUGGAUUUAUGUUUUGUCUACACAAUUCCUAUUGAGCACACAGACAUACAUACACACAGACACAUACAUGCACACAUACACACAGACAGGCAUACAUACAGACAGACAGGCACACAUACAGACAGACAGGCAAAGACACAUACACACAUACAUACAUAGACACAUACACACAGAGACAUACAGACACAUACAUACAGAGGCAUACAGACACACAUACAUACAGAGACAUACAGACACACACACAGACAGACACAUACACACAGACAGACACAAAAACACAUACAUACAAACAAAAACACACAUAUACAAAAUGUUUAAGUCAUCCUCCUGUUUCCUACCUUUUAGGUGCAGGAGGGUGACUUUCCCUGGGGUCCAGUGAGGGUUCAGGCCGGUGGGAGUCAGAGUUCCCACUCUGACUCCCUCUCCUUCCUCUCGCGUGGGCUCUCUCUCUGAUAGCUGGGAUGAGUGACAUGCAGUCACUUCCUCCCAGCUGUGAUGUCAUCAGCGCGACCGGGGCCCCCUGGAAAUUCAUCUCUAUCGGGUGGCCCUAACAGCAUGGGCCACCCGAUGGGCCCCUUGAACGUGCGGCCCCCGGCGGUUUGCCGUGCAGGCCGGGGCCACAACAUAUGGCGGCGGGCACCUGGUCUCAGGGGUCCACAGGGCGGCUGGGCCCCCUGGAGUGACGGGCCUAGUCGCAGCUGCGACCCCCUGCGACCGCGGUAUGUAUGCUACUGGUAUUAUGAGUGGCUAGGAGUUGUAGAGAGUGUGUGUGUAUAGGAGGUAUCAUGUGUAUAGGGUCUGUAAGUGUACGUGUGCAUGGCUGAUUUAGUGUGUGUAAAAGCUGUAGAGAGUGUGUUUAGGGAAUCUAGUGUGCACAUAGAGAAUCCAGAGUGUGUAUAUCAGGAAUGCAGAGUGUGUAUAGGUGCUGCAGUGUGUGUCUAUAGGGGAUUUAUUGUGUGUGUAGGGGAUCUGGUAUGUAUGUCGGGGAUCCAGAAUGUGUAUAGGGGAUGUAAUGUGUGUGGGGAUCUAGUGUGUGUAGAGGAUCCAGACUGUGUAUAAAGAAUGUAGUGUGUGUCUGGAAUGUAGUGUGAUCCUCUGAUCUCCCUUGUCGGCUUCGGCCAAUAGCCAUCGCGACCCACUGUGCAUUUUCCCGGUUAACACGGUGGCUAGUCCAGGCCAUGCCAGAAGAAAAGGACAUACUGGCCUCCUCAAAUUUUCAGAUUUGCAGGACACAACAAACAAGUCCUUGAAAUACAUUUCCCGAUGUCCGAACAUUUAAAGAUUCACCUCUUGUGCCAAGGGGCAGAUUAACAUAGGGACUAAUGAAGCUGAUGCUCCAGGCCCAUUGAUUAAAAAAAAUGUUCUUGCUGUGUGCAGAUUGAAUUAGGUAUAGAAACUUAGAAGGGAUACAAAGGAACAAAACUAGUGUGGACUGGUUGACUAUAAGAUAACAGAAAGCUUACUUUGCCCACUGUACAAAUGCUUUGCUGCUUCUGCUACAUUCACUACAUCCACCUUUUUGUCUGCCUCAGACUGCUUACCAGGAGUUGAGAGAGUGGACAAGUGAGUGCUGGGGGACACCAUGGAACAGAACCAUGCAAGCGCAUCAUUAGAUGCUUUUGCAGCAAGCUCUAGGUGUUGUAACAGUGCUGUUUUCAUAGUCAUCCCUUAGUUGGUGGGCCUCCAUGAUUGGCAGGCAGCCUGACAUGCAUUCAUGCCUCUCAAUUCUUAGGGAAGACCCAUUCCAAGCAGGUCUGUCACUUUGGGCGGUGCUAGUGAUGUGAGUUGCAUCACUGGCCUACCUCCUUUUACCACACCUAACGUACUGCUUUAUCAGACCCUGCUGUUUGGGGGUAUGGAUUUGGUUGAGAGAUGAAAGUGAGAGAUUAGCAUAGGGUAUGCGUAUUCUUAUAAAUAUCUUCUGUGAGUUUCCUCCAGCACCACCCCCAUUAGAUACAAGACACUUGGGAGGAACAGCUGUUUUACUGUUUUCUUUUGAGUCUGUAAUUAGGCCUACUAUAUUGAAACAUUGGAUAUUGUUUGAAUAUGUUGCUGUUUAAUUUUAUAUUAUUUAAAUAUGCUGUUGCUGAACGGAAAAACUUGUGUAUCAACUUAAAUGCGUGAUCUAGGCUACAGAAUAUUAUGUAAAAGUAAUAAUUUGCAUAUUGUAGUUUUACCAAAUUAGGCAGUAGUUAGACACUCAUUGAGUGAUUUUUUUUGUAAAUAAUUAUUCAAUGUCUGGGUGUGUCCAUCUUUUAGAAAUGUUCAGAUUUACAUGUUUUGCCAGCCUAUGCCAUUAGUAUUGCAGUCUGUCAGUGUAUUACAUAGUUACAUAGCUGAAAAGAGACUUGUGUUCAUCAAGUUCAGCCUUCCUCACAUAUGUUUUUGCUGUUGAUCCAAAAGAAGGCAAAAAAACCCAGUCUGAAGCACUUCCAAUUUUGCAACAAACUAGGGAAAAAAUCCUUCGUGACCCCAAAAUGGUAGUCAGAUAUCUCCUUGGACCAAGCAGCUAAUUAGAAAAUAUAUUCCUAUAUGUUAUGUUUUUGGAAGUAUUUAUCCAAUUGCUGUUUAAACAUCUGUAUAGACUCUGACAAAACCACCUCUUCAGGCAAAGAAUUCCAUAUCCUUAUUGCUCUUACUGUAAAAAAACGUUUUCUUUGCCUUAGAUGAAAUCUCCUUUCUUCCAGCCUAAAUGCGUGACCUUGUGUCCUAUGCAUAGCCCUGUUUAUGAAUAGAUUUCCAGAUAAUGGUUUGUACUGGCCCCGAAAAUAUUUGUAUAAUGUUAGUCCUUAAGGACCCUGCUCUGGAAAUAAUUCUUCUUGGAUCACUUACUGAAUUUGGUUCCCUCAAGCUAUGUCCUGGAACCAAUAUAAUUUGUGGCUCUAAUCAGUGUUUCUCUCCUUGAUGCUUAAUCUGAGCUUUCCUUCAUGAAACUUGAGCGCAAUAUAACAUUUUGUUGGUAAUUCUUCAGGACUCUUCAAGCUUAAACAGUCAAUGAUAUAACAAAACUUACUUUCAUCAACAACAGCAAAUGAAUACCAUAGGCUUUGGAUUUUCCUAUGCAUCGGUUACUUUCUGUUUUUUUGUUUGUUUGUUUGUUUGUUUGUUUGUUUGUUUUUUUUACAAAAAAUAACCCUUGUUUACAUAUCUAUCUUGGCUGUCCUUUCAACAUCCCUUUUAAAAAAUAUAAUUUUUUUGCUUGUUUUAUAUGAAUGUCAAGCAAUAUAAUGAAUUUGUGACUUUUUUUUCCUUUUUGUCAACUCCAGUUUCCAGUUUUUGUUAAAAGUAUUAAUUUUGGACAUCUGGAACUUUUCUUUCCUAGUGUGAUGUCCUGAAGUCAUUCUUGUAAUAUAUCACUGUGUUAUUUUGUGUUUUUAGCUGGAUUCUUGGCAUUUAUCAACAUAUUUUUUUUUUGCUCUGAGCAUUUUUAUCCAUCAGAGCACACAGACUUCUGUCAUUGCCUCCCCCUAUAAACUGCAUUCUCCUCCGUCCACAUCCAGAGAGUUCUGCACAUUUUCACUCUCACUGUAUCGUUUAGUGUCUUCAACUUUCUUUCUACUUAUCUAUUUAAGCAAGACAGCUUCCCUAUCUCUCCUUUAGAUUCCUCAGAUCUCCCCGAUAGUCCAUCCUUACAUUAUUCAUCCAUAGGUUAAAUAUGAGACAUAUUCAUUCAGUACCAUGAAACCAGUUUUUUCUUUAAUGCAGGGGUCUCCAGCCCUCUCCUAUUAUGUACUCUUGUCCUGGAGGUGUUACUAGAAUGUAUUUUUUAAAUUAAUUUAUUGAUUAUGCUUUAUCUGUUCUUAGUAGGUUCAAAGAUUUAUUCAUAUAUUUUUCUGCAGAUUGUAAAAUCAGUGGGUACCUCACCCAGUUAGAGUUGUGAAUAAAAGUGCUAUACAGAACAGGCAGUUUUAAAACUGAUACCAUACUACUGUAGUGAAAACAAGUCAAGGAAUUUACUGUGUUUUUAGAGCCCCCUUUAGUCCGUUGAUAUUGGGCAUAUAAAGAUGGCAACAAUCCCCCUUAACAAAAACAAUAUUGGGAUUUUGCCUAUAUUCCAGACAUUGUACAAGCCAAACAUGCUUUCACAAAGUUAAAGUCUACCCAAAAAGAACUAUAUUAAGUGGGGGACUGGAAACUGUGGCUUGGGAGGCGAGUACAAAUGAGUAGCCUUUUUGUACAUGACACUCAUGUUUCUCAAUGUGAAUGUACCUACAAUGAAAACAAUAUAUAUGGGUUUAAAGAAUGGAGGCUGAUAGUGUUUCUGGGUGUGACUUUAUAUAUCCCUCCAGUCUCCAUCAAUAUAACAUAGCAUUCACAGCAAUCUUGUUCUUGUCUGAGUUCUCGAUUCUUCAUAGAAUGAAUAAAUUGAGAUUGGCAGCCACUGUGUCAGGAUACAAUAUGACCCAAUACACAGUGCCUAGGUAAUGACACAAGGUACAAUAAACCUGGGAGAAUUAUAUGUGUUUCCAGACCUUAGAUUGCUCAGACUUAACAUCAAAAUAGAAUAGUCUGAGACAAGCCAAAGUCAGGGAUAUAGAAUGAGACAAGUACGAUAAGACAGGCCAAAAGGUCAAGAUUUAUAGAAAGACGAAUAGUCCAUAACAAGCCAAAGGCAGAAAAGUCAAAGAGAAAUACAAGAAUAGUCCAUAACAAGCCAAGGGCAGAAAAGUCAAAGAGAAAUACAAGAAUAGUCCAUAACAAGCCAAGGGCAGAAAAGUCAAAGAGAAAUACAAGAUAAAUGCACUCUCUGAUAACCAGUGAAUGGAAACCAAUACGGCACAGAAGAAAAGCCGAAAUGUGUUUAAAUAAGCCUAUGAGAGAUAGUUCAGUACCGCCCCUGUGAUGCCAAAAUGUGUGUGCACAAACAUGUGGCAUGGCACAAUUGCUAUCUUAAAUUAUAUUCACAUUUAUAUCAUUGACACAUCGUAUGCAUGUAAACAUGUUAAGGUAACAAUGCAUAUAACACAAGGAAAUAUCUGAUUCUAAAAGUAAUCAUCAUUUCUGUUCCAUGGCUUUUUAUGGCUCCUGGUUAUAUCCACCAUAAACCUAUAAACCCACUAUUAAAAUGUCAGCCUGUAUUCACUGUUAGGGAAUUGGUAGUUAGUAACAGAAUUUACUACACUUGAUUUUUCUAAUUCUUUAUCAUCGCACUUUGUUUAUAUUUGGUUUUACUGUCUCCAGAUGCCUUUUCUUUCUGCUGCUUCCUAUUAGUCUGCACAAUGGCUCUGUAUAAUGUCCUGUCAUGAUAAGCACAGAUAAUUAGCAAAUGGCCCUUAUCAUUUCGCUUUGUGGUUUCCUCUUUCUCUUUCUUCUUCUCUGAGAACUGUCUGGUUUUGUUAGUUUGAGAAGUGAUGUGCAGGGUGGGCUGCAGUCUAGCCAGCACCCCACACAUACCAUCAGUGGACUGCUAUUAUAAAAAAUAACAAUCUUACUAAGUAUAUGGUUGUAAUAUAUUUAACAAAGCAUUCAUUAGCAUAAGCAGUACAUUAUGUUGUUUAUAUUUUCAUUACAUCAAGGUCGAGACUUUUAUACUUGUUUAUGUGAUAAUGUAGAUCAGCCAAUUUUGAUGUUUCUCUUUUCUUGUAGGGCGAAGGUGGACCUCAGGGACCAAAAGGAUACAGAGGUGAUGAAGGUCCUGCUGGACCAGAGGUUCGUGCCAUUUUAAACACUAUUGUCACUCACUUGUUUCCUGUCACAAACAGGUAAUAAUGCAUACAUCACUCUUGUGCCAGACCACUUAAGUCACAUAGAGCACUUCAUCUCAAUUAAGUAGUCUGGGUGCAGUUGUCUUCUCAUUUUAACCCUGCAAUAUAAAACUUUGCAGCCAUUAGAGGCGCUUCCACUGCACUGACCGAGGGAAACUUGGCCAAGUGACUCAAAAGCUCAUUGGAAAGCAAUAAAUACAAUGCUUUCUCUAUGGAGAAGUUGGGAUGUGCGAGCGGCACUAGCUCCCCUGUGGGGAGCAUUGGAUUGGACUAUCACCAGAAAAGUCAUGUCUUCUUGUUGACAUCAUGGGAGGUGGAGGGAUCUUGGGGUCUUGGCACUAGACAAAGGGGUAUUGGCACUGGAUAAAGGUGAAUAAAAAGGUUGUUGUUUUUUUAAAUUGUACUGCAAAAGAGACUGGUCCCUGGAUAUUACUAGGGACAAGCCACAUGUUUGUAUUCCUAAUGCCAUAGUGUUUCUUUAAAAGGACACUGAAGUCUUGCUCAAUUCACUGCCAUUUAGGAGUUAAUUCACUUUUGUUUCUGUUUAUGCCACCCUAGCCACACCUCCCCUGGAUGUUACUCAUACAGCCUGCCUCAUACAGUCUGCAUGGAAACAAAAUGGUUUCAUUUUCAAUCAGAUGUAACUUACAUUAAAAGUUUUUAUCUCUUGCUCUGUAAAUUGAACUUGAAUUACAUACAGGGGGCUCCUACAGGGUCCAGCUAGUUAUUAAUAGAGCAGGAAAUAAGAAAUUCUACAUUCAACUGCAUUUGCAAAAAAGGUAGUGUAACCCUUAGAUGACUCUUUAUAGGAAGUGUUUAGGGAGGCUGUGUAAGUCACAUGCAGGGGAGGUGUGCCUAGGGCUGAAUAAACAAAGUGAUUUAUCUGCUAAAUUGAAGAGAACUGAGCAGUGAGACUGCAGGGGCAUAAUCUAUAUACCAAAACUGCUUCAUUAAGCUAAAGUUGUUUUGGUGACUAUAGUGUCCCUUUAAGUAUCAUGUAAUAAAAAAGAUAGAUAAUGGCUAAGUGUGUAUUGUAUACACAAACAAAAUAUAUUAUGUUGUAGAUCUAUGAAAGUAGUGCCUACUUUAAUCCCUAAUUCCCAUUUACCUCAAUAAGAACUUGCAGAAAAUUUUGUAAACAAAUAUAGAUUUACUAAAGAGACGAUAGUCUAGUACCCCUUUACUCAUUUAUUCCUGUGUUGAUGUACUUUACUCACAGCCUACUCACUGUCCUAUUAUUGAAUGAUGUUAAUGUUCGUACCUGGCUGUAGCUCAUUGAGUACAUGAAUAACUUACCCAGGUUCACGAAUAUGUAUAUGUAAAAAUCUACAUCCAUUGAAUUCUCUUCUCCGCCACUAUAAAAAUAUUGCAGUAAAGGAUCACCAGUGCCAAUAUUGCCCUACAGGAUCAGCUCAAUUUCUCAUUUUUCAAGUGAUGUGCAAGGGGAAAAAUCUUUUUUGGUUUGUUAGAUUGAUUUGUUAUUUUCUAAAUUCAGUUCUUCCAAAGGCCUAGAUUUUAUAUUGUUAGAUAAGUUUUCCAAAUGAUUUCAAAUUUUUGGAUGAACUUUUCAAAUGACUUUUUCAACAUAUUAAAAUAUCUAAAUAUAUGUCAAAUAUAAAAAAAUAUGAAUAUAUAAAAAUAUUACAAAAUAUAAAUAGUUUUCAUACUAUUAAUCAUUUUAAAAGUUUCAUCCAAAAAUAUUGAACUGUUUGUAAAGUUUAUACAACAAUAUUAAAAUCGAGGCCGAAAUUUGACAAAUAUCGAUUCGGACUAAUUGAAUUUCGGUUCAGAAAUGUGUGUUUUCAUAUUUCCGAAGGCCAUAUUCUGUAGGCCAAAUUUCUAAAGACCAUGGUAACAAAGUUACCAAGGAAGUACCAAAUUAGGGAGUUAUCUGCUAAACUGCUGAAAUAUAAUACAGAACUUAAUAAAAGCCUUUUCCUUAAUUUUGAUCUUAUAGCUGUUUCGUUGAUAACUCCCUAACUUGGUAUCCUUAUAUGGGAUUAUGUGGGAUAUUUAAGGAUACUAAAUUAGGGAGUUAUCUGCUAAACAGUUGAAAAAGGAUUGGAAAUGCUAUCUGUUUGUAAAUAAUUUGUAAAUAACUCCCUAAUUUGCUAUCCUGGCAAGGGAUAUUUAAGAAUUCCAAGUUAGGGACCUGUCUACUAAGCAGCUAGAAUAUCAAAAUUAAAAGACCUUUUCUUAAUUUUGCUCUUUAAGCAGUUUAGCAGAUAACCUUUUAAUUUGGUAUCCUUAUCAAAAUGAAUGGAUCCAAAAAGUUUGUUUUACGGUUUGUUUAUGAUUAGCUUGUGCGCGUUUUGAUUUGUUAUUUUACUAUUUGCAUAUUCAUUUUGUGCAAAUUUCUGUUUGGGACAAAACUAAUGGCAAAAUCCAGAGGCUUCACAGUGUGGUGCAGUAGAAGGAAGUUUAUUCAGGAUAAAGAGAACAAAACCAUAUACAUAUAGGCAUGUAUACAUUGUGAAACAUUUGGAUUUUGAAUACAGGUACCAUUUGGUUCCCUGAGUGCAACAUUAUCUUUUGAAUUAGAUACACAUUGCACAUCCUUACAUUUUUUCAAGGUCAAUAAAUAAUGCAUCAUUGAGCUGGGUAGUAAAAUGCAUACCAUAGAACGUAUAUAAAAAUUACGAUUAAAUAAUGUGUUAUUAAUAUCUCAGUAUUAUCCUAUAUUGUGUAACCAUCCAUGAUAUUUCACAAUAUAAAAUUCAUACUGUACCCCAAGCAUCAUGCUGAAAUAAAAUGCGUUAAUGUGUUUAAUGCAUCUGUACCACAGACUGUUCCCUACAUAUGAGUUGUGUGACCGUCAAUGUGUCCCGUAAUGGGUGUAUAGUAUUUUGUGCUCUGUGUUGUCUGUAGAAUGUAAACUGUUCCAGAACCCAGGGGACAAAUGUCCAGAUUGAGACUUGAUGAGUAGCUUGUGAUUUCCACUGCACUGUCCAGCGUGUGUUUUAAACUGGAAUCAUCUGCAGCUGUUUCCUGUGUCUCCUGUUUUCUAUUAACUAUAAAUCCUCUCCCCCUCACUUUUAUUUCCGUAAUUUUGUGUGGCUUUAUUAUUUUAUUUCUUAGGGAAAUAAAGGACCAAGAGGAGCUAAAGGAUUACCCGGCGAGCAGGGGCCUGCAGGAGACAGAGUAAGCCCUGAUUAUUCCGAGGAUAUAUUGAGGUGUCCUAUAGUGAACACAAAUGAAGAAACAGUACUUAGACUACCAGUAGAGUGACGUGAUUUAUACCAGUGGAGGUGGGGAGGGGGUUGUAGAUAACGAUUUUAUAGAUGACUUGGCUGAUGUGUACUAGAUAAAAUGCCUGUGUGAGUGUAUUUUAAACAGACUAAACUGACGUGUAGAGAGUUGGAGGGAGCACAUACUGCAGGGGUGAGGUGAAGUACAGCAUACAGAAAAAAUAUUUCGGAAUAAGUAAUAAGUAUUUACAUGUAGUGGACAUUAUAUAGGGCAAGGGCAUACAUGUUUAAAAUGCAAAUGAGCCAAUGAGCUGUAUACGAGCACAGUGUGUUUUGAGUUUUUGUUUUAUUUUUACUAUUUUAGAGUUCAGGUAGACUUUUAUUGAAACAUCAAGGCAAAAUCUCUGCACAUUUCUGCUUUGCCUUAAUCAUGCGUAAUUAAAUUUAUAUCAUGAUAUUAUAUUGAUGCUUCAAUAAAGUCUAACUGAAAUCUAAGGUGGUUGAGCCUCCACCUGAAUUUGUCUUUGAUUGACUACUUUGGAUACAGGAGUAACAGGCCAUCACCAACAAAGGAUUUGAAGAGAUUAGGAAGUGGAGGUUCUGGAGACCUAAGAGGAGUUAGCAAUGUGGUAUUUACAGAGAGGAAUAUAUCCAUAAGUGGUGUCACAUUCUUUUCGUGUGGUGGGCCAGAUUUUACAUGGGCGGAACAUAAUGUGUGUGUACAUUUAUAUAUGCGUGUGCAAUCUGAUGUGUGUGUAUCACAUAGCUCACCAGCACUAAAAACCCUUAGUAAUUUGCUUUAUGACUGUGUAUGACUGUAUCACAGAACUCCACAGCAAUAGUACUAACAGUAACAUUCAGCAUGUAUAAGUUUAAAAAAGAGCUUCAUAGCGAUAAGUCUUGCUGUCAUGUGCUAUCUAUAUAUCAUAGAGCUCCACAAUUCAGAGUAAUGUGCUAAGUGUACGAGUGUAUCACAGAGAUUCACAACAAUAAAACUCACAGUCAUCUACAGUGUGUAGGAGUUUAUCAAAGAGCAACACAACAAUAAAACUUGCAGUAAUGUCCUUUGCGCCACUGCAAAGAUGAUUGACCUACCAAUCUAUUUUGAAACAAAUUAAAUAUUUUUGAUAAAUGUUUGCACUAGGCUAACUAUGACAAAUAUGGUCCUAAGUGUUGAAUAGACACUUUACAAUAGGAUCUCAUAGGACUUAUUUGGCCCUAUGGUGGAUGGCAUAGGACAGUAGUUAUGUACGUGUUUACAAGGAAACAUUUUAAAUGACGGGUUGAGAAUGUAUCAGUGAAAGAAAGAAGCAGGGCAUUUACUCCUAGAUGCAAUGCCAGAAGAGAUUUGAAACAUCAUUUAAUUCCAUUUAUUAGGGAGAAGAUGGACCUCCAGGAGCAGGGACAGAUGGUUUCCCAGGAUUUCAGGUGAGCUUCUGACACCCUAAAUCCUUAUAUUUAAUUAGCUAUUCUUUACCAGACUGCUUGAGACAUUCAUUAACUUUCUUUAUAAUUGUAUAAAAGUAUUAUUUUAGUUAUUUGAUAACUUUGUGGAGACAUUGAGAUAUUAGGGGGGAUUUUAAGUGCUUGAGAAGAGGCAAUAAGCACACAAAAUGCCCCCUUUUAAAUUUUGUCUUCCCUGCCUUCUUCAUUACCAUCACACUAUCUAAUCACCCCUCCACCUAUUUAUAGCAGCCACCUCAAAUUUAACUGACCAAGAGUCCUAACAUGUCAUUCUUCUAUAAUCAUGUUAUAUACUUUAUCUCAGUUUCUCUGUGUUAAACACUUAAGUCAUGCCACUACAUAGUCUUGACCAACGAUGACCCACAGUACCUUUUUCUGAGAUUGAGCCAAACAAUGUAUUUCUUAAAAGUAGAAAUCCAUCUAAGUGAUAAUUAUCUCUAUUUUUCAGGGAUAUCCUGGAGCUCGUGGAGAACCCGGAUCUAAUGUAAGUGUUUUAUCUAGGACUAUCUCCUUACAUAUUAUGUGAAAAAUGAGGUGGAAUCCAAAUUUCAUCCAAAUUUGCUUUCUUUUCUAGGGUACAAAGGGAUAUCCUGGACCAAAAGGAGAUGAGGGAGAACCUGGAGAACCUGGUAAUGAUGUAAGUAUGAGGACAGAAUUUUAAGUCCUUGGUACAAUCAUACCACAAUAGGUUGUUAGUGACAAGAUAUCUUUAACUGGUGAUAUAUUGUUAAUAUAUAAUUACAGUGGAACAAUAGCAAUUGAUCUUUUGUUUAUCUAUGAUCUAUUAUUAAAGGAACACUAUAGUCACCUAAAUUACUUUAGCUAAAUAAAGCAGUUUUAGUGUAUAGAUCAUUCCCCUGCAAUUUCACUGCUCAAUUCACUGUCAUUUAGGAGUUAAAUCCCUUUGUUUCUGUUUAUGCAGCCCUAGCCACACCUCCCCUGGCUAUGAUUGACAGAGCCUGCAUGAAAAAAAACUGGUUUCACUUUCAAACAGAUGUAAUUUACCUUAAAUAAUUGUAUCUCAAUCUCUAAAUUGAACUUUAAUCACAUACAGGAGGCUCUUGCAGGGUCUAGCAAGCUAUUAACAUAGCAGGGGAUAAGAAAAUCUUAAUUAAACAGAACUUGCAAUAAAGAAAGCCUAAAUAGGGCUCUCUUUACAGGAAGUGUUUAUGGAAGGCUGUGCAAGUCACAUGCAGGGAGGUGUGACAAGGGUUCAUAAACAAAAGGAUUUAACUCCUAAAUGGCAGAGGACUGAGCAGUGAGGCUGCAGGGGCAUGUUCUAUACACCAAAACUGCUUCAUUAAAAGACCACUCUAGGCACCCAGACCACUUGAAGUGUUCUGGGUGCCAGGUCCUUCUAGGGUUAACCCAUUUUUUAAUAAACAUAGCAGUUUCAGAGAAACUGCAAUGUUUAUUAAUGGGUUAAGCCUUCCCCCAAAGCCUCUAGUGGCUGUCUCAUUGACAGCCACUAGAGGCACUUGCGUGCUUCUCACUGUGAUUUUCACAGUGAGAGCACGCCAGCGUCCAUAGAAAAGCAUUGUAAAUGCUUUCCUAUGCGACCGGCUGAAUGCGCGUGCAGCUCUUGCCGCGCGUGCGCAUUCAGCCCAGGAGGAGGAACGGAGGAGGAGAGAAGGAGGAGAGCUCUCUGCCCAGCGCUGGAAAAAGGUAAGUUUUUAACCCUUUUCCCCUUCCAGAGCCGGGCGGGAGGGGGACCCUGAGGGUGGGGGCACCCUCAGGGCACUAUAGUGCCAGGAAAACGAGUAUGUUUUCCUGGCACUAUAGUGGUCCUUUAAGCUAAAGUUGUUCAGGUGACUAUAGUGUCCCUUUAAAACAUUAUUUGAGUGUAAGGUUGAUAAUCAUAUUAUUUACUUACUAGUGAGAUAAGGAAAGAGAUGAAGAGCCCUAUGAGAGAAAGCCCAGGCAAGGGAAGAACACUAGAUAGGCUUACACCUGUUGUUAAACUAUAACUCUCAUUAUGAAGCAUUCUACAACAAUUGGGUUGAUACCAUUUGUCCAUGUAUAGUCUAGCCAGUGUCACAGAAUAGCCAAUCAACAUAAUUUCCUGUUGCAACUUUUAUUUUUGAAAGUGGACUCAACCAUGCCUCUUCUAGUCUCCAUAUAUUGCCUGUGGAUGCAUGUUCAAGGUUUAAAUUAGAACAGCAUGUUCAAGUGCCACAUUUAUAUCGUAAACACCCAUAGGCAUAAAGCUUAUAGGCACUCAACAUGCCUGAAAUGAUGUUAAAAUAUAAAUUUAAAAGGCUUGUGGGACAAAGGAAAAAACAUUAUCACAAAAACAUUGUGGAGAUAGGCAAGGUUUUGCUGAUGGACCUGUAAUGAAUGGGUGGGAUUACAGACUUAUUCCAACAUCACUAAAUAAAUGUGCUGUAUUUCCACUUUAACAAAGUGUCCAGGCUUUCUUUUUGGAAACCUGACUCCUUACAUCAGGCAAACAGAUCAUAAAGUUCCUCAACAUUGCUUCAUCAUAACACUUACUACAAACUAUACAACCUUUCGCAAAAGGUGACCUGUUCCACCACUAAGACUGCUUUAUUUUUUCCAGUAGUAUAUAAGGAGAAUAUAGAGAGUGGGUAAUAGUCAUUAAUCUACUACUUUGUGGCAUUUACCAUAUAUUGGAUUUCAGAACAUGAGAACACAAUAUAUGCCUACAAGAGAAAAGAAAUGUGUGCAUUCCGGAACAAAUGUAGACAUAGUGUACUAUCCUUACAGCUUGCACUCAUCACAAUUCUCUCCAGACUAUAUAAUAUAAAUUAGCAUGAAGUAGUUAGAGAUGUUCUGCCUGUCAGUAGCUUAUAUACAUGCAUACAUCAUAUAGUCAGUGAAACUGAAGGAUUAGUAACUGUUAGGUUUUGUUUCUUGUUGCAGAAUCUCACUCCUGGCCCAGAUGGGGCCAAGGGAGCAAAAGGCUACAGAGGUUCAGAGGGACCACCGGUAAGUUACUCAGAGCACGUCUUAGCAGAGUCCCAAAUUGCCAUAUUCGGAUUCUGUGUGAUAACCCAGCUUUAUAAGGAAAGCAAGUUGAAGUCUGUCUAAACAUGGGUUUGCUCAGCAUAACACAGCAUGACUGCCAGUAGCUAAGAUUUCUGCCCAGUCUCUCUUGGGAUAAUCCUGAAAAAAAUCUGUCUCAUACUGUCUUACGCUUAUAUUCUCCUUAACUCACUGUGUGCUUGUCUGCUUUAUAUCACCCAUCAAGACAUUAAUUGUUCUUUCUGUUGUCAUUGUCACUGCAUUUACAGACAGGUUAUAUUCUCUUUUAGGGACCUCCAGGACCCCUAGGACCUCCAGGCCCAGAUGUGAGUCACAUUUUAUUUGUGUUGGCAUAGUGUGCUUAGUGAUCAUCAACAUAUAUAUGAACAAACUAGCUAUCCCCUGAUGUGUGAUUGUGAGAGAUUGUCGUGGAAAGUUGACAUUGUGUAUCUAACCCCGUUUCUCUUGGGUCGGAAGCAGAAUCCCAUUCUUCUGCUGCCAAAGAACAUGUAAACAACAAAUCUAAUAUUUUUCGUGUUUAUGGUGUUUACAUUCUUGUGGUCAGAUAAACAAUUUGUUCUGCUGUAAACAUUUGUUUGGUUGCUUUCGCUUAUGAUUUGAUAACAGUGAAUGUUUUUUUUUUGCUUUCAGGAGUGUGAGAUCCUGGACAUUAUAAUGAAAAUGUGUUGUGAGUGCCAGUCAAUUUCUAUAUUUAUGUCUAUCUAUAUAUAUGGGAACAUGAGUGACAAAAUAUACAUUAUGAGAACUAAUUUACAUUAAAUGGCCUUAAUAAACUGUAAUACAAAGAGGCAGAAGUUAUCAAUGGCCCUGAUUGCAUGGAUAGUCAAAACAAACAAGAUUAUUGUAAUGAAUGAACUUUUGAAUUGUAAAUAAUAAUUAUAUACUGAACUAGAAUAACUGCACAUUAUGAAUGAGUGACUAUACACAAGAGAAUGAUAUAAUAUAGUAAGACAAUUUGAUUGGUUACUUGACAUUUUCUAGCUGUUCUUCCAUUCACUAGUUCACAGAUUUAAGCAGGGCUUAAACUUUUUCACGUUUUGCUAAUCUGUACCCAGAAUAAUCAAUCACACCUUCCUCAAUGUAAAUGUGCUUGACAUAUUUUUAAUUAAAUGCACAUUAAAUAUUUUUUAUUAAAUACACAUAAUGAUACUUUCAUUUUAAUUAUAUUAGAUAGUGAGCUAAUUUUUCCUUUCUUGUAUUGCAGCUUGCUGUGGUAAGUAUGAAGUCAACCCUUCAACCAUCUGUCAUCAUUCACUCAUUCCACUUUCUACAUUUCCCUAUUAUAAUUCACAAUUCCAUCUCCUUUAAACCGUUUUUUUAAACCUGCCCAUAAGUUUCCAUCUUUAUAUUUUCUUCGUAUUAAGUCCACUUUUUUAUCCACUGCUCAAACAAUAUGCUCUAUUCCCAAAUUCCACUACAAGACACUGAAUUGCAAGUUGGAUAUUGAACUUGCUACCUCCGAUUACUUGCAGUGCUACAUUGCUGCAUUAGAUAUGACCAAGCUAAAAGAUGGAAUUAUGUUGGCAAAAUGUUAUCUAAAUUUCUUGCUCAGCCCUAUGCUUCUUCAUCAGUCAUUUUAUCAGUACUAAAGUAUGUGUUUGCACGUGUUUAUGUGUGUGUUUAAAUGAGCUAAUGCCAGCUCUUUAUCCAUUUUUCUUCCCAGAUUGCAUCUGUGGUCCCAUCGAUGUACUGUUUGUGGUUGACAGUUCAGAGAGUAUCGGUCAAACUAAUUUCCAACUUGCUAAAGAAUUUAUUAUAAAAGUUAUUGAUCGUUUAAUACGAGAUGAACAUGUCAAUGUAAGAAUUCCUAUAUUCCUAUUGAGUUAUAUCUUGAAGAAAACAUUCUUACUGUGUCACAUCAUAUUGGGGAUAAGGAGACUACUAGUGUGUAAAAUGUGAUACAUUUAAGUCAAUCGUUGGGUAUAAACAACAUUUAUUAGGGAUUUUUUAAUAACAUGGAAAAAUUAAGGUCUUCCAACUCUACCCAUUAUGCAAAUGCCCACCGUGGUAGAUUUAACAGACACCUCGCAGGAGAGAAUAAGUUCUUCGUAAGCUACUUUCUUGUAUCAAGAUAUCAUGCACUAGCUGCUGAGCAAAGUAAGAUGUGAGUAUAGUACAUUGUAAUUAUUUUUCAGAGGAAAACUGUGUGGAAAAAAUAGAUACAAGGUUUUUUUUUUCAUUUCAUAAACGAGUAGUGAUAUAACUUCUGCUUCUAUCCUAUGUUUGGCCAACUAUGCUCCACUCUACUGCCUGAGAGAAGAUCCAGGUGGUAAGGAAGAACGGAAUGAUAGAAACAUAUAUAUAUAUAUAUAUAUAUAUAUAUAUUUUUUUUUUAUAAUAUAUAUUUUUAACCACUACUAAAACAGUGAAACAUUUUGUAAAAAAUCCGUUCACUUUGUAUAAUAGCAAAAGUCUAACUUUUGUCAAACUGCAAACUUGUGCCAUUAAAGAAAAACUCCAAACAACUUUGGAUUCUUACUCUACCAUGCCCAGGGUUUUAUAUAGCAUUUCUGUGUAUUUCUUUUUAUGGAUCAUAGGUCUACCCAUUUCUAUGGGGUAGGCAGUCCUGUUCAUCACUGCAUGAAAUCAUUGGCUUACAGAGAGAGUCUUGCUAUAACUGAUUUUAUCUGAAUAUGCAAAAAAGUCAAAUUGAGCCAAGCUUGUUGAGUUCAGUUCUGAUGCAAACCAAUCAAAAUGUUCACAUGUGCAUAGAUUAACUUUUGCUGAUAGGUUUGCUCACUUCCCUAUGCUAGCAGUAGAAAGGAAUAUGCAUUUUUAAAGUAUUUCUGGAGGAGGAAUAACUCCAUCAGAUCAGCUUAUUAAAAAUGGAAGUGAAAUGCGUCAAAUAGGGUUAUCAAGUUCUAUCCUUAUAUAAGGAUAGAAUUGUUCUCUUGCUAGUUCAGCAACCUCUGUAUGUGUGACAGCUUUUAGAAAAUGUCUUUAUCGGUAAGAUUGGGAGAUCGCUAUGUCUGUGCAGCCCCCAUAUGAAAACUUCAAGAUUUUGAACGACCCAUAAAAAUGACCAAUGUCAUUACGCAACAAGGGAUGAAAACAAAUAAAGUAUAGGUUCCUUACUGCAAUCAUAUAUUUUCAUCUCUGUAACAUAAAAAUGUUACUCAAUGUCAAUGUAUUUUUCAUAUGUAGCCACAAAGCAUGAGAUUUUCAUAUGUGUCCUGCAAAAACCCUACAGUAAGCUGACAACAUACUGCACAGACAUCGGUAAUAGCAAUCUUGUGUUUGUAUCUCAAGCAAUGACAGUAAAUCUACAUAUCAUCAUGCCGUGGUUGUCCUGCUUUUGUGAUACUGCACAAGGGGUGCUUUUUAUACUCCCGUUGUUGGGCUGCAAUGGAAAUCCUCUUUACAACAUUGAGAAAGUUCUAUUUCAUUUUCAUAGUUUGAAGCGGAUGACUCUCGGGUGGGUGUUGUGCAAUACAGUCAUGGAAACACUCAAGAAGCUGUUGCACUGAGAGAUGCAAACAUCCAAACCAUUGGACAGCUGAAGGAGUAAGUACAACUCAAACCCAUUGACAGUAUUAUAUACAUGAUAAUAUAAAUUAUAUAGCAUAGUAAGCUGUUUAUUGCACUUGAAGGAUAUCAUUUGUUCAUGCUAAGUAACAAUUAAGAUCACUGAUCAAGAAUGAAACAUGUGUAGAAUUUAAAAUUUUGGUGCAUUUGGUUAUCAUUUUAGAGUAUUUGCCAAAUUAACUGAUUGAUUGGAGAGAAAAAUUCAAAGCUUUGAAAUCCAUGCACCCUUUCCCCAAACCAGAGAUAAAGGUUGACUUUUCUACAGUAAUGGGGAGAAAUACAUAUUUUAUGUUGUAGGGCAAUACAGAAUUUGAAGUGGAUCGCAGGUGGAACAUGGACUGGAGAAGCCCUGGCUUUCACUAAAGACAAUCUACUGAACAUGUUUUCUUCUAAAAAGAGAGUGGCACUUGUUCUGACAGAUGGCCAUUCUGAUGUCUUGAGGGACAAGACUCCACUCAAUACCCUUUGUGAAGUCACUCCGGUAUGGGAACACUAGAAUUUCACGUAGAAUGCAAAGUAUUCCUAAUCUCAUAUGAUACUCACACUAUAUAUCUUUGUCUAAAUAUAGGUCAUCUCUGUGGGAGUGAGUGACAUUUUCCAGGCUGCUGCUAACCCAGACCAAAUAGAGACAAUUUCUUGUGGUGGGACAACAUACAGUGGAGGUCUAACCUUGCAGAAGUCAAACUUUGCUGAGCUUCUAGAUGAUCAUUUCCUGCAGAAUGUAACUGCUCAUAUCUGCAAAGGUGAGAACCAAAUUGGAUGAAAUGAAAGGACAACCAGACAAAACUACUUUUCAAUUCACAUGUUUUAUCAGAGAGUCUAGUUUUCAUGCAAAGAUUCUCGGCAGUGCAUUGUGAUUACUUGGAUUCAUAUAGUCUAAUGUUCUAAUUUUAAAGGAACACUCCACAUGAAAAUUAAAACCUAAAUACAUAAAUAAAUAAAAUGUACAAAAAUAUAUGUUUUGUAGAUAAACCCCAAUGAAAACAUGAAUGCAUUUAGUUAUGCAUGUUGGCACAGGGGUGUAGUUUAAACAGCUUGCAAAAGCUGUAGUUCUUCUGCCUGUUGCCUUUGUAAGCCCUCAGUCUGUGAUGGGGAAAUAGCCAAUCAAAGAUUUCUCAUUGCAAAACCUCUGAUUCUAAGCCACGAGUGUGCCCUCGCAAGGAGAACUAGGGAAGAAGCUGCAGGUGGGGAGGAGGACUCAGGAGUCACAAAAAAACGGUAGGAUUGAGCCCAGUGGCCUCACAGGCUCACUGGCACCAGUAGGAGAAUAUAGGCUUGUUCUAACAGAAUGUUCCUAUCUCUUCUGUUCUCAGGGGAACUAAUGGAAGUAGGAGGAAAACCUCUCUCGCUGUCUGAUUAACAGCAAGGGAUGUGUUUCUUUAUUGAUUUAUAAAAGUGCUGAUUUCUCCUUUAAUGUAUAAAAUUCUGAGGUUUGAGCAAAGUUAAUUAAAAACAAGAACAUGGGCUGAUUAAAACAUUAUAUCAGUUAGUUAAGACAGUUAACAUACUUGGUUAAAGAGUGUUUAGAUAUCAAAUUAUUGACCAAACAGACGUUGGCGUCAUGGACAUGUAGACAUCAGCAGAAGAAGCACUAUCAAAUAAUCAUAGUAUAGACCAGAAGGCUAACACCAAGCAUUGAUAGUGACCUGUUCUAUCACCUAAUUUCUGAUGUUUUAAAUUCUGUUUUACAGAGAAGAAGUGCCCAGAUUAUACUUGCCCCAGUAAGUAUGCAACGUUUGACUAUAUUAUCUGUAAUCCAAAGGCAGAAUUACUUACCAAACUAUUAAUGAAGAUUCUGUAGUAAACCAAUCUGGAUUCCCAUCACUAAUUCACAGUCAGUGCUUGGAGAUCCAUAACAUCUGCUAUUUAAACAUUGAAUAUACUAUUCUGUGCACACCAAAACCUGGCCCAUUAUGGGUGGAUAUAUGCAUUACUUUGUGUAUCAUAAGUAUAUUCUUUUCUAGUUAAUUCUCUUCAAGCUCUGUUGACAAUUAUGGUCCGCUGCAAGCUGAAGAUAUACACUGUUUAAAAAAAAAAAAAAAUCAAUAAAGUGUCAGGUUUGAGGGCCUUUCAUUAGAACCCUGGUUUUAGCUGGGGACACCCUAGGAUACAACCACUACAAAGGAAGGCCUGAAACGUAACAGGCUGUGACUAAAAGCACUUGGAAAAACUUCAUAGCUGAUAAAGAAACAGAAAAAAGAGGUAGAUCUGAUUUUAGGAAGUAAUGGUAUCAUAGCCAUAUAUUCACUUUGGGACAGGAAGAUCUAAACAUGGUCAUUGCCAGGGAUUUUGCAAGGAACAAGGAAUGGUCAAAGUAGAUAGUGAGUAGAUAUAGGAUGAGGAAGUUACAAUAUAGAAUAUUCCAUUGAAGAAUCUUUCUUAUUUCUGAUCUUCAUCUACAUGGGCUUCAGAACAUCUGAGCAUUACCCAGAGCUGCGAAUGGGGAUUACAUGAUUGGGUUUAGUUAAGGUGUACUAGUAGUCACUUGUUUUGUAGUGCCAAAUAUAGGCAUUGUAUUCAAACUGAUGCCUAUUUUCUGGAUCAGAAACCACCAUGUGAAUCCAAUGAUGAGUUUAUCUUACUAAAAACUUUUUAGGUGAACGUUAAAAUGAAUUGUGCCAUAAUCUUUAUUCCUCCAUUCACGGAACAAUAAUGAAUCUUUGUAAAAAAAUAAAUAAAAAAGGAGAGGUUUUUUAGUUCUAGCAUGUACAUUUAAAAAAAAAAAAAGACUAAGGCCUUGAUUUCAUUUGCUUGGAUCACCUUUCCAAAUGAACAAAUUCUGUGAAAGUGAACAUGUCAUGAUAUAGGUUUGCAGUUUUCUAACCAUCUGACUUAGCUUAUGUUACACAAUUAAGUGUUUUUCCACAUAAUACUAUGAAUAAUGUUUUUAAUUUAUUUCCAUAACACCUGUCUCCUUCUCAGAGCAUCAAUUAUGCUUUCAGUAGGUGUUACCCUACACAUAUCCUGCAUAACUCUGUUUGGGAAGCACAGAUAAGCAUCUCAUAACAAGUUAAAAAUCCCAAAAACUUUAUGGUGGCUUAGUGUAAAUAAAUGCUAUAUGUUUUCUUUCCAUUCUCAGAUUGUCUGUCCAAAACUGCUGCAAUAAAUUAUUCUGGCUGUUUCUCUCCCUGAAGGUGCUGCUCUCACACAGAGUAUGCCCUUUCUCUCUACUUCCCAUUGCUCUCCCUUGGGCUGAAUUCAAGCAGGAUAGAUGCACAGGGGAGUGUUUCCCUGAUAGCAGAUAUGCAGAGCACAGCUUUCUUAUCUCUGUGCUGACUGGCAGUGAACGUGUUAGUAGGGGGGAAGGGUUGUUUUUUAACCUCUGAGUUUAGAGAACUCUAUUAGAGUUCUAUUAGAGACCUCUAUUUCUGUUAACACAAUACAUAGAUGCAAGGUAAUUAUUUUCAUUUAAGUUUAAGUUGUAUUUGUCAUGACAGGUACCUUUUAGUGGUGACUUCUGUAAGUAAAUGUUUUGAAAAGUUUGCUAACAGAGAGCGAUCAUUGGAUAUGAUGAUCAAAACAAAUAAAAUAAAGGUCAAAGUUAGAUGAUGUCAUGAUUCCAUAUGUACAUAUCAGAGGAACUUAAUCAUGUGCAUGAGAUUCCCACAUAAUGAUGUGAUUAGGACCUAUUUAUUGCCAUGCAAUAAUACAUUUAUUUUUUAUCUCCAUAGUUGAAUUUAGUGUUCCAGCUGAUAUCACACUGCUCGUGGACAGUUCUGCUAGUGUAGGAAGCCAGAACUUUCAGACUACCAAGAGCUUUAUAAAGCGUUUGGCACAACGUUUCCUGGAAGCUAAAAGUCCGUCAUUUGAUGCUGUACGUCUUUCUGUGGUGCAGUACAGUGGGACUGCCCAACAGAAGGUUGAAGUACAAUUCCUGGCCAAUUACACUGAGGUGGUUGAUGCAGUGGAUAAAAUGGAAUUCCUGAAUGGUGCCACAGAUGUAGGAGCUGCUUUGCGGACCGUAACAGAGCUUUAUCGUGAAGAUUCCCUACCAACAUCAAGCAAGAAGCUACUGCUGUUCUCUGAUGGAAAUACAAUUUCAGAAGGAACACUUCAGGAAGCAGUCCGGGACGCACAGGCUGCUGGUAUCGAAAUCUCUGUACUGUCUUUGGGAAACCGACCAAACGAGGCUAACCUGAAGAUACUGCUAACAGGUGCUCCUGUCCCUGAUCGUGAGCUCUUCCGUGUCCCUGAUUAUCCUUCUCUGCUUCGGGGCGUUCUGUACCAGACCAUCACCCGCAGAGUUUCCCUCAAUCCCAAACAAUAA